ACACUCAGGCACAUAAACAGAGGGGACUUGGGGACAACUACGGGGGACAACCAACUCUAAUUCUGAGUUACAGCCACCCCUUAAAGAGCAAACAUACAAAGAAACAAAAGUGGGUGUCCUUCAGAGACAUCUUACCAUCCAGUCUUCACUCUCUCUGAUCUGGUAGCCGACUUCAUACUGCAGGUGAGCUGACAGAGACACAAGAGGAGCCUCCCAUCUCAAACACAACUUAUCCUCUUCUAGUGCUGCUUUCACAUGACUUGGUGGGGGUGUUUUGACUUUAAAAUAAAAAAUACAAAUUACUUCAUAUAAUCAAUAAUAAUCAAACACAUUCAAAACCACCCAGUCUCACAAAGUCUAGAAUCACUCACUGCUUUUCUUGAGGGUAAACUUGUCAGUGUAGAAAGUUCUGCUGAGAGGACCUGCGGGGCUGGUGAGCUUCACUCUGACUCCUCUGGAUUGGUUACCAUAGAAACGGCACUGGUCAAUCAAGUCCCAGUCAGCGAGACACUCGGUCCAGUCUGUCCAGCCCAAAGCAUCACUGUAGAAAUUAUACGAUAAUCAUGUAAAAUGACUCGUUUUUAUCAUCAGUAGUGAUGAUAUGAGAUGAUGGAAGUCAUAAUAAGGACUGCCUCUGCUUUCCAGCGUUUAAAGCUCCUAUAAGGAGGUUUUUUGGGGGUGUUUACGAUAUGUUCUGUUAAUUUAGUUUUUCUUUGAGUGUUUUUUCUGUGUUUUUCCUAGUGUUUCUGCUCCCUAAUGUUCCUGUGAUCUUAUCUUGUGAGUUUUCAGUUUGUGUUUGACCCUGUUUUCCUCUCGUUCUCUGUUUUUUAUUCUUUAGAUCAGUUUUCAGUGUUUCCUGUUUUAUUUUGUAGUAGUUGACUUCUUGUGUUUCUAGUCAAGUUUUACUUCCUCAGUUUUCCCUCCCUCAUUAAUCACACAUGAGUUUCACCUGUGUCUCGUUUGCCUCACCUGUUGCUCGUUAUCCAGUGUGUAUGUAGUCCCUGUCUUCCCCUCUGCUCUUGUUGGUUCAUUGUGACUAUUUGUCGGUCACUGUGUGUGUGUGUGUGAUUCCUAGUCUCCUUGUGCUUUUUUUGUUUGAUUUUGCGGUUUUUCAGUUGGACACUUGAAGUAAGUUUUUGUUGCUUUUUUUUCAUUUAGUUCUUUUUAAAUAAAUCCUUUGUUCUGCAUUUGGUUCCUUUUUAACAUUGUUCAACCCUGCGCCAUGACGUUUUUAUGAUAUGAAAACCAAACACGACCAUUAGCAUCAAGAUGCAGGAUUCUUAUUUUUAAAACUUUUACUGCCUGAAACCAGCUUAAGGGGUAGGUGUCAGCCGAGCAUGUGAGUUUUUAUCAUUUCCACAUAAAAUAUUCACAAUAAAUAUAACGUUAAAAGUCAUGAGGAUGAGUUAUUGGGGAUCUACGACUUAAAGACUGCUCUGUCCAGAGGAGGCAAAUUCACAAAGAAAUGAGAGUUCCUUAUGAGAGUUUUAAUCAGGAUUGUGUGAUAAUCUGCCGUUUAGUUUUAUACUACAAUUUAUUUUCAUAUCCAGCCUGAAUUAAUCUGCUAUCAUUUGAAUCUCAACUGCUUAAAUUUAUCUGCAAAGAGCUUCUUUAUUUCAGCUAUUAGUUUGACUUUCCUCAUGACAGAAAUGAUGAAUGUCCUGUUUUCCACUGAAGCACAUGGUGAUAAAAUCACUUUCUAUUCAUCAGUAUCAUAUUCCUGUAAUGAUCUGAGUGAAAGCGAUAUUCUGAUAAAGUAUGAGUCAUAAAAACAUCUUAUCUCAACCACCGUCACUCUGUUCAGAUUGUAUUUUGAUAUGCCUGUGUGGACUUGAAUGUUCAUGACGUUGGAAAGAAAAUGCUCCUAACAGAACACUGGGUCACUUCUGUAUAAGUUUGGUUUGUAAGGAAGAUUGUUUGGUCGAAUAUGGUGAAAAGUUUGAGCAAAGGUUUGGAUAUCUGUGGCAAGGACAAGACAAAUCUACAAAUUUAAAUCAUGAGAACAAAUAGAAAAUAAGAUUAUUCAACAAUUUCUUAAAGCGUUUGUGAGGAACUUAAUGUUUGUGCCGAGUUUGUCGCAUUUGAUCAAUCUUGACUUUGCAACUGGCGCUGCUAUAUGUUGCUGAUUUACCAUGCAAAUGGGAAUAUUCCUGCAAGUCAACCCUCUGAUGUGCAUGUAAAGUCUCAUUCCCAAUAUGGACCUUAAUCAGAAUAUGGUGUGCAUGUAAACUACCUGAAUGAUGACAUACAGUAGUGUAGUGAGUAUUAUACCUGUGACUCAUCUGGUAUGAAAGUUUGAACUCGUUCUGAUCAUCAGAUCUGCUCCCGUUCCACUCACAGGUGAAAUUUUCAAGAUCAGAGGUGAAGCACAUCAGUGAAACAUCAUCUGGAGAUGAGUAAAAAACUCUUUCAGGUCAUACAUUUCUAAUGAAUCCCCAGUCCAUCACCUAGUCUAUGUCUCAACGUGUUUUUUCAACAUCAGACACACCUGCGCUUUGAGGAACCACAGCUCUCAGAGGCUGCGACCAGCCGCUCCAGUGUCCGGCGUCUGGAUUGUAGGCACAUUUCACCCUGACCUGCACCUUCACCUCCUCACCUGGAACGAGCUGAUCAAGUAAGCACUCCUCUCUCGACUGCAAAAACAACAAAAAUAGUUUAAUUUUGCAUUUUUUCCUAAUUGAUAGGAUGGCUGACAUGUAUCAAUUGGCCACGGGUGGUGGUCCAAACAGUGACCACUGCUGAGGGCGGUGGCCUCUGUAAUGAGGCGCACGCUGGACCCGCCAGGCCAAUGAUGGCCCAGAUUAAUGUUUUUCAAGGUGUUGCUUUCACCCCUUUUACCUGCUUGGAUAACAACUACAAGUCUGCAGAUAUAAAGAUGGUCAAGUCACUCAAAAAUACACAGAGUAAUGUUAAGACUUCAAAGCUGAAGACAGCAAACUUUUCAGUCUACCACUGAGUCAAAUACGACAAGCGAUUUCUUGUCACAACAUCCAAAUUAAUAUGAUCCUGUUGACAUUAUGAGAAAAAAGAAUUAAAUCAAAAACUUGUGUUUUGAGAUCAAAAUGAGUUUUCCAGUUUCUGGUUCACUUGAGUGCAUACCUCUUCCUUUAUCUUCUCUUGUUUUCCUUUAGAGAAGUACUUAAUCUGAUACGUCUCCUCAUCUUUGCAGUAUUUGGGAAUCACUGAUUGCCAAGAAACCUGCAGCUGUCCUGGUUUGGCAUUGUGAUGUAGAGACACAUUAAAAGGUGGAUCCAGAAGAACUAAAACAAGUAAGAAAAAAGCAUCAAUUAAAGUUAUAUAAUGUCAUUUCCUUGGUGAAAUUUACUUGAAUUUACUUGGUGAAAACUGUGCUGCAUGUGUUUAGGUUCAGCAAUAUUUGAUGACUUAUUAGCUACACUACAGCUAACGUUAGCAAAGGUUAGCUGUUGUUGUUAGCUUGCUUAAUUUGCCCCUACUUAGCUAACACAAAGCAAUAACAAAUAUUUUUUUGUUAAAAUAAAGAUCAGCUCAAAUCUUACAGUGGUCCUCCAUAGAGAUGGUCCGCUUGUAAAGGCCGGUGGUGGUUGUGUUGUGCUCCACAACUUCAAGGUGUGUUUCCACAUAGAAGAAAAUAUCCAGAACAGGAAAAUAGUAGACAUGGAGGAAAGUCCCUUCUUCUGUUUUCUGGACAGACAUUUCACAUCUUUUCUUUCUGGGCAGACUUCAUUGAGAAAUGGAACAAACGGGAAAGAUAUUGUGUUACUAAUCAGUGAAAUAUAUCAGUGUGGGAAUUUGUUUUUACUAGUUACAACAUACCCUGUAAACCUGUAGAGCAAAUCAUAAGUCCUGUUGUUGUCUGGGGUCUCAAAGAAGCAGGUGAAGUCCUGCUCUGUCCGGGUGAAACAUUUAGGAUUUGGUUCAUCUUUUAAGAGCCGAACAUCUGCAAAUGACAAACAUGCUGCAUUAGCAUUGUCCUCUGACGUCUAAUAAAGGGGUAAUUCUUUGAAAAUUUUGGUUAGUAUGAGAAAAUGUGUCAGUAAACAAGCCUGAGUAGAACUGAAACUGUGUCUGUACAAAAUUAAUCAUCUUGAAACCCUACCUUCUUUUGACAGAGGAUUACCAGUCCCAUCCUGAAGGUGUAUCCCACUCACAAUGUCCACCUGCAUCCACAAGCGAAGGAGGAGUAUUCCCCAGCUACAAGGUAAAUUCAUCAUAAAUUGAGAUGUUAUGAAAUAGCAUACAUCUUAGACCAGGGUAGCACUUUAACGCCUGCGUAUCUGCAUUGUGAGUUGUCUGUUAUGGUUUUCAGUAGGCAUGGGGUUGGGGGUUGGCACAUUGUGACCACUUGUGCAAAGAGCAGGAAGUGUGCUUUGUUUAAACUGGAAGAUAGCACCUAAAAGGACAGUUUGGGAGGACAGAUUAAGAAUAAACUAAAAUGAUAUAUUUCCAACUAAUGACAUGACUUACAAUCAAUGGGGGGAACUACUCCUGACCUGGAUUUGCCUUUUUUUCCCCUUACUCAAAAUAAAAUGUCUUGAUUUAAAGAAGUCUCUAUUAAGAGGGGCUAUGAGCUUAUUAUGGGCUUCAGGGAACACAGUAGUAUAAAAAAAUACUCAGUAGAAAUGAUGUGCAGUAUCUUAAGUUUGUUUGUUUCAUCUAAAAGCUUCAACUGCUGGUGCUAAAAGAUAUUUUAUAUGCUUAAUUGUGGAAAAAUUGAAGUUCCUUGAGUGGCCACUUGGGGCUGGCACCCAGCGGGAGUUGUCUGUGAUGAAAAAUCUUUGUCUGCAGCAGCCUGACUCAACAUUUGUAUAUUGCAUGUGUUCAUGACAGCUAUAACAGCAGGAAACUUUUAUUCAAACCCCAGAUUUUAACAAUAACAUGGCCAACAGUUAUGCAUGCUGCGGGGUGUUAUUGCUAGCCAUGUUUACGUGGGCAUCCUUAAUUUGGUUUAAAAAACAUCAGAGAUUUUUCUCAACAUUGACAGGCCAAAAAAAUGUAUAUAAAAUGUUUUUGGACCAAGUGUGGAGGAGCAAGGCUGUUAGAAGUAAAAUAACUAAAUUGUGUCAAACGAGAGACACAAUGAUAUUCACUACAAAAACCUUAUUCAAAUCAUCUGGUGGAAAAAGCAUGAGAUAAUAUUUCAGCAUCUUUUUAAACCUCUUCAGGAUUUAUAUCAGAUGUUUUAACUCUGCUUUUAAAAAACUUUCCACAAUCUUUCACAGAUUUCCUUUAUUCAACGUUAACAUCUAAAACAGGCAGUGAGGGUCUGAGGUGCUUUUAGGUCGUUUUGUGAGACUGAUGUGUAGAGUAAAGUGUCAUCAGCGAAAUAAUCAAUCUUAAAACUGUGAUUUAAGAGAACAUUACCGAGCGGAUGCACAAAUGGUGAGAAUAAAAAAGGUCCCAGAUAGCUUCCUUGAGGAACGCCAUGCUUCCAUUCAUGAGCCUCUGGUACUACUUUGAUAAAUAUUCAAUGCUGAAUAAUGUUUUUCUCUUCAACAUUUUUCUUUUUGUUGAAGUCUGUAAAGAUAAAUAUUUUCAUAACUUGUUUUUGAUCAGUGGUUGGAACACAAUGUAUGCUUUGCGUUGGGAUUUAGAGUUUUUGUUUUACUGAUGUGAAAAGUGUGUGAUGCCCUUUGAACACAUUUGAAUGUCCCGAUAAAGAUCAAGAAAGAGAAGAGAUCUGACACGAAAUCAGAAAACUGCUCUGUUUUAUCACUUUCGAUAGCAAUGUUGUUUUUUGUUUUUCUGUUGGUAUGGUUCUUGUGUUUGAAGUAAAACUUUUCAGCAUGGGAGCUUUACUAAGAUAUCAAAUUUCUCUGCAAGUAAGUUCUAACCACGGACUGAUAUCAUCUCUACCAACCCCCGGUUGGCACCGAUUGGUUCAGCUGCUAUGAAAAAAGGUUCAAAAGAGAACUGCUGAGAACUCUUUGGUUUGGGUUUCUAAAGAAAAAGUUUACGGAGUCAAACAAGUAUAAAAAGUUUUGCAAAAAAAGUGCUAAUAGGUUUACUGGAAUAUUGUUGCCAUCUAUAAUUCCAACUUUAUGAAGAAACAGAAAAUGUGAUAUAUAUCAAAGUCUCAGGCCAAAUGGUCGAAAAGCAAGUCAACACUUUCUGAUGUUAAUUUGACAUGAGUAAAAUGUUCACCACUUCUUUUUUCACACAUUAAAAAUGAACACACUUGCCCUACUUUCCCCGAAUGUCGGCGUUUUCAAAUGACCAAAUCAUAAAGAGGCAUAUGAAGUCAUAGGAGUGUUUUUUACACAAUUUCAGUCAGGAUAUAAAAAUAAAUUCGGGUAUCCUGUUCCCACACCAUACACAUUUGUGUGUGGGUGACUGGUGUAGUCGUAUGUAGGUCCUCAGGAUGCUGGCCCACUAUGACCGUAUUUGACAGACAGUUCUGUGCGUGUGGUUGGUUUGCGGAGGAAACUCAGUGACAGAUCAGCUCCGUGCAGCCGGGAGAUCAGUGUUCCUAAACUCAGAGGAGUACACCUGGCCCCCCAGCAGCCUGGCCUGUGGUUUCGCAACAUGCACGAGAUGACAGGUUUAGAAACAACAGCAAAAACAAGACCAUGACUUGUUUAAUCAAAGCGAUAUUUCUGGAAACCAAACUUCAGCUGGUAAAAACAGCUUAUGAGUCAGGUCUGAAUUUAGGAUGCCCUUCAUUCCUAUGUGACCUUUGCUGUAGCUGUUCAUGAGCAUUAGCUGGCCAGCUGUUUAAGUUGUCCAACAUAGUUCAAAACGAUUGACUGCAUACCCUUAAACCAGGAUGAUUGCUUAAGUCAGAGUCCCCCCCCCCCCCCCACAGUUUCUUAUUAAAGGAGGAAUCCCUACCAGCACUUACUGUGGCUAAUUCACUUACUGCAACUCCUAAAUUUCAAAGUAAAGGCACCCCAGGCAGCUAAUGUGGACGCUAAUGGCUAACUUCCGAUUAUUUUGUAAAGGCAUAACUUUCAGGUCAAUUUGUGUCUACAACACCGUGUGGGAAAAUCAACUGGAAAACACUUAGAUGAAAAGCUUCAGUGUAGUGGAAGUGACAAAAUAAGGAGAAAAACUGAAUUUUAACAUCAACACAGUCAGGGAUCAGCUCUGAUAACCUCAGUGCACCACCACUCUAACACUAAAACUGGUCCUGGGUCAGUGCAGCUUUAAAUCAACCAAUUAUGUGAUCUAGCAUGAGUGAUCAGCAGGUGUUUUCUCCUGAUUUUUUAGUGUUGAUGAAGUUGAUUAACUACCAAUCAGGUCUGGGGUUGUGUAUGAGAUUUCAGGGGUGACCAUGGCCCCCCAAAAUCACCUGGUUGGAACAAAAGUAUCAUGAAGAUGUGAUUUUUGGGAUGGCGUAAGGACAAAAAGCUGAUCCAACUCUCUUCAGUUUAUUAAUAAAUCUUCAUAUUUCAGCUGACUGUAAUCACUCAAUGUAGAACAUAACCCCUUGUGAGCAUGAGCGUGGGAGUUUAAGUUGUGCAGGUUUGCAGCAUUGCAGAUAGGGGGAAAAGAUCGUUAUCUGUUUCCUUUGUUCUAAGAAAAAAGCUGAAUUGUAGAGGUUCAUUUGUUCCUGAACCAGAUUCAAAGGUACAGUGAAGAAAAAAGGAUAUUCAGUGAUCAUGAAGUCAGAUUGUAGAAACGUGGCUGUGCAAGAUGCCAAAACUUGUUAAAGGGAUAUUCCGGUGUAAAUUUAAGCCAGGGUCAAACACACUGUAACACUGUGUUAGUUGUACUCUCUUUGCCAAAGAAACCAGGCAAAGCUAAAAAGUUGUUUGAUGGUUAGUACUAUAGCUGGGACCCUAUCCCUGUUGAUGAAGUUAGGUGCUGUUUUGAGCAUUAUUUGUGGCUAUAAAUUGGCAUUUUGGUUGAGGUUUGCGUGUGGAGAUGUAGUUUGCUGUGUCUUUGCUUAAGUUGGUGGAACUGGAGAAAGCAAGCAGUCGGCAAAACUUAUCUCUCGUCUAACUCAUUGUUAUGGUGUGUUUGACCAUGGCUUAAACAUACGCCGAAAUAUCCUUUUUAAGGUAUCAAAUCCAAUCACAACACAAAAACCCUCAACAAAGGGAUGAGUAAAAGAAAGGAACGUACUGUACAUUUUAAUACACUGGUUAUAAUAACAUACACUGCUGUAGCUCUAAUAGUGUAAGAGGUUGACUAUGAUGUUAAGAGCUGGUAGACUGCAUUUCCUGAAACCAUUAGCAUUUUCAAAACGACUCUGGUGGUAUGGCUGUUCAUAUAACUCUUGAAUUAUCUACAAUAGUACAUUUUAUAUCAGUCCAAUAAGAGGCUUCGGUACACACAAAAUACAGACAGUAGUUAUUACAUUCACAUGGCAGUGAUAGGCUAACAGUAAUAGACACAUCUGGCAUGAAUAAGGCAGGUUUAAGUGCUACAUCGUAUGUCUCAUCCCUUUUCUUACACUUUGAGAACUGAGUAUUUGUGAUCUACACUGCGUCCUCUGAAUUUUUUCUUCAUUGACAGAUUUCCUUCUCCAUUUAGAGUAAUGGAAAAGAAGCAAAGUCCAGCUUAGGUACCCCACAGACCCUGUGGUAUUUCAGCAAGUCACGUAGCUCCUCAUGUGCCGCUUCCCUUCAACUACCGCAGAAAAAGGGUCGAGCAUUGUAACUUUUGCAUCUCAAGAGGUACAAUGACGUGUCCUUUAACUGGGACCGGUUUGUAGAGACAGGGGCUCAGUGUUUCCCUUAAAAAAAGCCCAGCCAUACUCCUCAUCUCCCAGUGUCUCAAACACCAUCUCCACACAGUGUCCUUUCACAGUCCUCCUUUUAUAACUGGGUGUCUUUGGUAAAGCGUCUGGUCCUCCUGUCUCGACGCUGAGCGGCAGGGUGGUGGCAGUAACGCGGCGACCAUCCUCGGGGCUUCCUCUUGAGGCUACGUGGCAUGCUAGGGUCUGGGGGGGCUGGUAGUCAGGCCUCCUCGGCUGUGGCGUCUAUCCCAGCGUAGGUGAAGUUCUCAAAGAGAGCCAUGUUCACAUAAGCCUGGGGGACAGAUAGAAACUUGUGAUUUGUGUCACAGUCAUUGGUUAGCGAAGUUUCUCAAUAUUUGGUAAACGGACUUCAGAAGUGUUGAAAAACUGGUGUUUUACCCCUGCAAGACAACAAUUCUAAGUAGUUUGAAGUUGGUUUAUUCCAGGAUUAACACUGUGUCAAGAAACCUGAUAGGUGAUAACCAAAUUUCAUCAAGGUUAAUUUUUUAUUUGACUUGUGUAAGGCCUGAUUCAUCAAGCCUGUCUAAAUGGUGAGCAUUUCAGUCUUUGUAUGUAACUAACACUGAAGGUAAUUUACAACCAUGAUCAGAUCCUUAAUGUGUACAGGUAAACUGCAAUAAAUUAUAUACCAAUAUUAUGGACAUUUUUUUUUCAAAGUAACUUAAAAGAGUAAACUUUUAAUUUAAUAUUUUCAGAAAUGCUAAUUUUAGUUCAAGAUUGGAUGAUUUGGCCUCAAAGUUCAUUAAAAUAAAAAAUCCUGCAAUACUCUCUGACAGCAGUCAAAAAUAAGAUUACUUCACUGUAGCUUCAAACUUCUCCAAGUCAACCAGGAAACAACCAGCCUACGAAACUGCUGAUGUGUUUCUGAAGCUGUGGUUGUUUUGAUAGCUUUAUUUUAAGGUCAAAUGUUUCUCAUCGUUUCCACAGAUACUAUCGGCUUCUGGUUGGGCAAGCUGACCGGCCAAUUCAAAUCAAUCAGAUAUGGGCGGCAAACCAUUGUGUGAAAAUUCUGGCAUUGUGGGCAGGUGCAAAGUCUAGCUGGAAAGGGAAAUCAGCAUCUCCACGAAGCUUUUUAGCAGAGAGAAGCUUGAAACACUCUAAUAUCUCCUAGCUGCAGUGACUUGAAAAGAGGACCAACACCAGCUGAUAACAUGGCAGUGAAUUCAUCACAGACUGCAGAAACCUCAGUAACAUCUUAGAUCCAUCUUGGAUCAUCUUGAGGUCAUGUUUACUUUAUAGGACAUUUUCCUGUUAUUCCCUUUCUUCUGAAACUGUGUUUUGGAAGCCUUACCUUCCUGGCCUCCUGCAUCCUGUUGAGCUGCACAGAGAUUUGGGAGAAGGGGGGUCUCUCAUGGGGCCGAUCCCUCCAGCACUGCUUCAUAAGCUCAUAACUGAACGGAGGAAGAAGAAUUGAUAAAUUUAAUGAAAUAAAAGCAAAGAAGCAACUUGUUAUCUUAAGUGUACUGGAUACUCACACUUCGUCAUCACAGUUUUUAGGUUUCUCCAUCCUGAAGCCUUGUGGCAGUUUUUCAUACAGCUCAGCACACGUCAUCCCGCAAUAUGGUGUGCCACCUGACACACACAAGAAGAAGUGAAAAUAUGAAGCUUGCACUACUGUGCUACUUUGUCCUGUAUAUGUGUAAGUUGGGAUUUCUAAAAAAAAAUCUCUCGCUUCAUUAUUUAGAUUAAUCUCUGCUGUGUAAAAUGUAAAAAUAGAAGGGACUCAGCCUGACCCAAACCUACCCCCUAAAGAAGUUUCAAACAACCAUUUUUCAACAACCUAACUUGUUACUGAUGGUCUACUUAGCCUCUGUUUAUCAUUUACAGUCAUUAAUGCUAAUUUCGGUCAGUUUUGAGAGCAGAAAAAAACUCCUCAAAUAUCAUUUUUUAAGGGGGGUUAUCAUCAGGUACAACACCAAAAGGCCUCAAGGCAGCCAUACUGCAUGCAGCUGUGACUGGCCCAAGCCUAAAUCUGUCUGAACAUGCAGAUUUGUCUAGUUCCCUAGUUGCUGCAGCUGCGCUCAGAUUAAACAGUAAAUGGGUGUAAACAGUAAAGCCUGUGUGCUGAAUGCCGUUUGUUCAUUUUGAGGCUGUUGUCUCACUUACCUAAGCUGACAAUUUCCCAGAGGAGAACACCGAAUGACCACCUGUGAGAGAUGCAGAGGGAAAAAUAUUAGAGGACAAAAAAUAAAAUACGAGGAAAAUAUGAGGCAAGUUAAUACAUGAGGCACAUUUAAACAAUUCAAAGUGUUUCAGACAACACAGUUAAUCAGGGAUGUCAAACUCAGACUGACUGAGGGCUUAAAGGAGGGUCAUUUCAAAGUAUCAUACUUCUUUAAGUGUACUUUUUUUCUGCAUCAGCUUGUAAAGAUAUUUUUGUGUCUUUUGGAAACGAUCCUGUUUGGGACCCUUGCAUCAAAAGAGUCAUGAUAAAAGUCAGUAAACAAAACGAUGUUUAGAAGUUAUUGAAUAAGACAUAAAAAAUCUCGACAAAGAGAGACUAAAAACGGCUUAAACUCCAGCAUAAGUUACAGUGCAGUGUUUCAUAAUAAAAAUAGGUAUUCAAAUGAUGUGUCCCAGCUGUAAUCAGGUAGAUCCAACAUUAUUUUAAAGAACUUGUCCCAUAUUCAGAACAUACCGUAUGCUGUGCCCACUGCCCAGCAUAAGUCAGUACACCCUCUAUUAAAAGUAAUGUAUUACUCAAAAUCUAGAUGAGCAAAAGUAGAAUUUCCAAAGUUUUGACAAAGCUGAGUUUAACAUUUUAUUUACCAUUAGAUGAAAAUAAGGGUGAUGUGGUAACUAAGAUUUAGCUUCGCUCCCAGAACUUUGAUUGAGGUGUACUCAUUUUUGCAUCCUGAUUUUAAAGCAAUGGUCUACCAUUUGAAAGCUUGGUACUUAUUCAUAACACCGUUUAUAAGGCUGUUAUGGUCCGAUUUACGCAAUAUAAAGAUCAAAAAGAACGAAAAAAAACCAUUCAGUAUAUUUGCUGCAAAAAGGCAUAAUAAUCGACCAAUCCAGACUGCCGUACCCCGGCGGUUUGGAUUGGUCCGUAAAUCCAUCCAAUCCCCUGUCUCCCCUGCUCCACACCGUCCCGCCCAUGGUCCCGCCUAUUCCUCACUACCCCCUCAAGUACAUGUGAUUAGCAAGCUGCACAGCUGCUGAAGCGUAAUGGCGCCGGAGAAGACAAACACCAAAACCAGGAGGCCGCUUCUGUUACCCUCCACAUCGAAGGGAGGGAAACGUAAAAGUUUCGAGGAAAGGGCUGAAGUAAGGAAGAAAUAAAAGCGAUACAGGUGCCAACGGAGAGUCUACAUUGGAGAAACGUACGACCGGUGUUGUGCCGUGGAAUGCACCCCUGCCAAAUGCACCCCUUCAUCCCAUCCACUCAUUAGCUGUCGACUGUCAAGUCAGAGAACAUUGUAUUUUCGGGACAGUAAAUAUUCCGAAUCAGAGGUCUAUUGUUUUCGGCUUAUCUGAAUAGCCUGAAUGAAAUCGUUAAAGGCACACGUUUUUGAAUCCAUCCAACGGUGAGGGAAACUUGGAUUAUAUCGCCUUGUUAUGUACUUUCAACCGCGCUCCCGUCAGGGGAGCAUUCUACAGCAGGGGUGCAUUCUACGACAAAACACCGGUGGAAAAAGCUGCAGACGGAUUUGGGACUGAAAACUGCCGCUGGGACAGCCGAGUUUCUGUUGAACAGGUAAUUACUUUGUUUACUACAGUGGGAGAUGUCUGCUGAAUAACCCUGGUUAGUCUGUGCCUAUUUUGGCGAAUGACUGAAUGUUGUUGGUCGGGACGGGUAGGCUCUGUCAAUAGAUAUUAGCAUAAGUUAGCCGCGGAUCUUUAGCAUUAUAAACUGAGCUGGUUAAGACACGCCGAGAAAGGUAAAGCCUCGCUCACAAUCGGCUCUGCUCUGACCGACUAGCAGUGGCGACGCCAGACCCGCUUUGCCCCGCUAAUAUAUGGUUUUGAUCGCCCCGGUCCGAUUGCAAUGGCUACCACUGUGAACUACUGCUGAUAUUUUCUGCCGGCCGGCUUCUUGCUCUAUAGGAGGGGGCGUGUUGUUUAGAGGCGACACGAGCCUCAUAACACAUAAUAUAAAUCUUUCUCCCUCCUGCUUGUGAUGUUGACAUGUAGUUACAAUAAGACUGAUUUUUCUGUACAGCUCCGUUUUUAAAAGUUAUUAGAGGGUUCAUGUUUUCUAUGAUUGACACUUGAUACAGCCUAUGGGCGUUCAGGGAUUGCGUAGCUCUCCCGGGGGAUACGCUGUUUGAGCCGAGCGUCAUCACAGUGACUCUCUGCGACUGUGCGGCUGAAUGCACGCAUCGCUACUGCGCAGAAAUGAAGAAAAGUCACGGAAAUAUCGAGAGCUAUUUUGGCUCCAAAUCCGUAUACAGGUGGUAGGUGGAACCAAGUUGUCCAUAGUAUAUACAGUCUAUGUUCUCAACAGCCAAACUGGUUUUCAGAUCGUAGACCAUAGCUUUAAAUGGGAGACAUAUUUUUUUUUUAUAUGCAACUUCAAAAAUCUUGUUUGCAAUCAAUGGUUUGCAAUCAUUUGGGGAAGUAUUCUUGUAUAGUCUGACAUAGAAAAUGUUGAUUUUGAGAGGAAACUAAAGGUUUUCUGUCAACUCUGAAGGGCUGUACUCAUUUAUGCUGAGCACUGUAUAUGUGGUUUUUAAUUGAAAAACAUUUUAAAUGACACAAGUUUCACUUUAUACCUGCUAAAAUUUUUGUUUUUUUUAAUGUUUUGCUACAUUAAACUGGAUUUAGUUGAUGUUUUUUGAUGAAGUAUUUAGUCCAGUCUGCCUCAAAUGAAUGUACUCUCCAGCUGUGUUGAUGUGUAAAACCCUCUGAUCCCCAUACGCAGUAAAGAAAAAACCCCAAAUGACUUCAUUUGGGGAUUUUGAUGAUAAAAUCAGUGCGUGCAAAGUCUGAUAAGAAAACCACUGAAUGUCUCUAAAACAUCUUUUUUUUACUCUGAUUGAAGAAAUAAUCGAAGGAAAAAAAACAGCAGCUACACAUGUCUUAAAGCCGUGCGGUCGAUCAUAUGAGCAGACAAGAGCUGCUUGUGCCGUCAGUCUGUUCCCUCGUCCCUGUUAAUCUAAUCUCAUUCCUGCACCAUGUCUCGCGCCGACUCUGAUCUUGUUCUCUUUUCGUACAUUCUGUUUCUGUUACUAAUGUUUACAACUGUCUCGGACUCCACAGGCUUCUCACGUCUUCCGUUAGCUGUCCGUCUCAGGCUCUUCUAGUCUUCGUAUAAAUAGGCCUCUUUUUGACAGACCGACGUCCUGGUCUGUCUGCUAAGUUGUGCUCUGAGUUUCCUGGUUGGGCUUAUCAGUUACACAGCACGCUAUUAUCACUCCAGCAGUGACAGGGGGGAUGAUUUGUUGUUUUCUGUGGGAGGGAGUUGUGUGGUGUCAAGUUAGCAGGCUGAAACAAUGUUCAUGAAGUUCCCAUGAUGCAAUGAAAAAAACAAGAAGGAAGAGGUAUGAUAGUGAGACGUUGUGGAUUGGAGUUUGGUGAUUGGUGGAAAAUUUCAGGAAAUGACAAACACCAGAGGUUUGUCUCAUUUCUCAGGAUGAUUCCCAGACCUGUAACUUUGAAUACAGACCCGGUGCAAAAACAUGAGAAUCAUCUAAGCACUCACUGGAUGAUUCCAUAAGACCACACACUUAACAUUUGUUGACGUGAGCUCUCACAGAAGCACUCAGGCCUUCUUCUAGCAGAAAACAUCUGGUGCCUCUACUUGGGCAUCAAGACACUGGCGUUUUUAUCAGGGAUGUUGUGCAAACUAGAAAAAAUUCACUCUGCUACUUAAAUACUGGCUUUUGGACAUGUACAGACAAUUUUAAGGUGGUUUGUUUUCUUUUUAGGAUAAUCAGUGCUUGAGUUUCAAUUUAUGUAAACUGCAAAUAAACCAUCAGACAGCUGACUGGUGACACUUUCUUGUCUGCUCUUCUCAUUGGUUAAUGUUGGCUUUUUGUCGGAGGAACUACAACCUGGACUUGUAAAGAGUAAACAUGCGUGAUAUUUACAAUCCCAGAUCUGGAGCAGUCAAAUUGUUGUUUGGACACAGGGGUGUCCCAAUACAACUUUUUUACUUUCAAUACGAUAUCGAUAUUGUAGCCUUCAGUAUCGGCCGAUUCCAAUUUUGACCUGAUACUAGCACAAACUUAUGCAUGACAAGUUUUGCACUCAGCUGCAACAUCUUUUCCGGACUUAAACAAAAAAUACUGCCACACAGCCGACAUCACUCCUACUCCUUGCUACUUUGUUAGUACCUUAGUACUCACUGUUGUUGUUGUUAUGAUCAUGUGGGCUCUGUAUGCUGGAUCCGGGCGCUGCUAGAUAGAAGUGUCAGAAUGGAGUCUGGAAUGGACUGCUUGUAUCAGAGUGCUGAUACUAGAGAUUUUAGAUGCAGGCCGAUAGAAUCGGAUUUUUGUUUUUUGGCUGAUAUUUGAUAUCAAUAUUGUAUCGGGACAGCCCUAUUUUGACACCAAACACUUGAGGAUUAAUUUAAUGAAUAAUCAAUUACAAUGAGCCCCCAAUCAUCUAGGAUUGCAAAUCAGGCCCUUAAUCUGGCCAUAGCUAUGUCAGAGUCGGGCCAGCCUUAGAUUAGAUGUAUGGGACUCCUGUGUGUUUCCAGAAGCCAGUUUUCCCUUUUAUAAAAUGACAAUUGCAGAUUAUGAAGUGCUAUCUAAAGAGCUCAAACUUAACUCUGAAUGAUACAAAUCCAUAUUAUAUAUGAAGAUAUAUCUUUGCCAGAAGAAACCCUGAUCAUCACCACAUCCUUGAGGUUUAGGUAAUGUUUAGGUUACCCUAAAGAUAGGUGUUUUCAACUUAUUUACACAGAAAAGAAAUCUCUGAGGACGGCUUGAAGUCUCCACUGAGUGUCAUGUUUAGAGAAUAUUAGGGAGAGUAGGACCUUUUUGGAUUAGUCCAUCAUCUAUGCCAUCUGAACAGUCAACUCUGUAACUCACACAUCACUCUUGGUGGUGUACACGCUGUAGUUCAGAGACUCAAUGGCCAUCCAGCGGACAGGCAGCCUCCCCUGAAAACAGAGGAGCAGAUUAUCUCAAAUCACAAACUGUAAACAAAUGGACAAAAAGAGAGUUUGACUCUGUGUGUCACAAAUGUAGACUACUGUUGAUGUCUGUUCAAAACACUGUGUUUAAUAAUAUCAGCACAUGACUGCCCUCUUCUGGUCAUUUCAUUUGUAUCACAGUCUCCCAGUUAUGGAAAUCAAAAUAAAGACAAGGAGGAAAGAAGAUCAAAAAAAGGCAAAAACAAAGUUAGAAAUCUGAAAAAGUGAAACUGUACGUCCUGAGCACUCACCAUUGUCUUCUUAACAUACACCUCCUCACCGCGGGACAGUCCAAAGUCUGCGAUCUUCGCCACAAGGUUGUCCCCUACGAGGACGUUCCUGGCUGCUAAAUCUCUGUGGAUGAACUAGGAAGGAGAGAGUAGAGGACAGGAGAAGAGAAACAUUAUCAGUAAAAUUACUCACAGACACAAGACAACCGCCAACAAUUCACGCUCCAUAUCCCCCUACCUGUUUGUCACUCAGGUAAUGCAUCCCCGUCGCCACAUCGACAGCAAACUGCAGUAGCUGCUGGGAGGUGAGGGUGGAGGCCGUGCCGUGCUCUUUGGCAAAGGCGGGGUCGGUCUCCAGCACUCUGCUCUUCCUCAAGAAGUCAAGGAGGUUACCAUAGGGAGCGUAUUCAAUGGCUAUGUACAGGUAGCCUGGAGAGGACAGAGAGGGGGUAACAUUGUGCAUCUAGAGUUUAACGGUUAAAUACUAACUUUUGUGGUAAAGUUAGUUUAUGUGCACAGGAAAAAAAGUUCAGUAUAAGACACACUUCUGGUUCAAUUCUAUUUUUCUGUGCUCAUGCAGAAUAAAUCAAAUAAGAGAAAUCCUGUGAACAGGAAACAAACAGCAAAAUGCCAAAACCAGCAGUUGAGUUAUGGUCUGGGAAAUCAUGUAUUUUACUCUCUGUUGUAAUAAACAUUUAAACAGAUUUUCCUGUUUCAGCACCAAGAACCACACAGCUGUGUAACGUGUCCAAGACAUCAAAUCUAACUCCUUUUAAACGGACCGUUCGUCUGCAGCCAUUUCCCUCCUUAUGUUUUAGCUUCAUUUACGAGCUGGUUUUCCUAAUUCCUUAUUUCCUCAGUACCUUUCCUUCCUUCAACUCAUCUAUCCUUCCUUCACUCUCUGUCAUUAUUUCCACCUCUCCUUCUUUCUACACUUUCUUUCAUUCUUCUACUCUAAUGUCUGCCUUGCUAUUUUCUUUCCAUACUUCCCUCUGUUCUUCCGUCUUUCCUUCCUAUGUCCUUCUUUCUUUCCUUCAUUACCUUCUAUUAUCCCUCUUUCCUCUCUAGUUUCCUUUCUCAUUCCUUUCUCCUCCCUUCUUUUCCUUACUUCUUUGUUACUUCCUUCCUCUUCUCCCACUUUCUUUUCUCCAGUCUUCAGUCUUUCCAUCUCUUUUCUCCUAACCCUCUAUCCUUCCUUUCUUUCUUCUAUCUUAACUCCGUCCUUCCUUCUAUCCUACCUUCCCUUCUUCGGCCUUGUCAUUACUCUUACAUUUCACUGUUAAGUCUGAACUCUUUUCCUACCUCAUUCCACAUUCCUUCCUCCCUCCCUUCCUUCCUUCCUUCUUCCAUCCUUCUGUCUAUCCCUCCUCCUAUUCCUUUCUUCUCAUUUCUCUUUUUCAUCCUCUCUGCCUUAAAUUCUUCAUCCGCUUCUGUCUUUGUUCUACUCGUCUUUCUGUUUUCUUUCUUACUCCAUUUUUCAUUUUGCCUCCCUUAUAAUCACUUUUAUCCUUCCCACCAACUUCCUUUACUCACUUGUUCUCUCCUAAAUCUAAAGUAUGACAAGUUAUUUGUAUAUUUGAGGAGACUCUUCACACUUCAGAUUCUCGUUCAGUUUAUAUGACUGAUGAGGACAACCCCUCUUAAAUAUUAUUCUGGAGGUUAAGGUUAAGGGACAGCACCUUUCUAGUCUGCUGUAUUUCUACUACUCUUUAUGUGAACUGCCACUGACACUAAUUCACACAGAGUUUGUGGUUUGGUGUCUCCUCUACAGACCUUCGUUUUCAGCCUGAAAGAGCAGGGGAACGACUCUCCUAUCAGGGGGUAACCCGCUCUACUUGGGAAACCACGGCAGAAAAAAACACCUAAUUACUCAGAGGUUUAUAUUUCAAGGCUGAUUUGCUUUCCUAAUGUUCUCACUCGUGUACUGUCUGUAGAAGACUUCCCCUCUCAUAUGUUAUCAAUCUUUGAUCAAACAAAGCGAGUCAAUUAUUCAUUGUGGAAAUAGCUGCGGGAAACUGAUACUCUGUGUGAAGUACUGCUGCCAAGGAAACCUUAUACAAAUACAUAAAUGUAUGACACAGCAGUGAGCACGGGAUACUCAAAUAAAUGAGCAAAACACGGGCUGCGGUUAUUUAGACUGGACCGAUUCUUGAGGUUUGCAGGUGCAGAGGGUGGAAGAUCAGAUGGGAGUGAGAUCAGAACAGAGAGUCUGUUUGGAUCUCAGGGAGGAGUUAACUGUUUCCUUCACUAACAGGAGAGCGUGUCAUGAUAUGUUCUUUUAAAUCAGUUUUCUCCUGGUUUUGUUAAUUGAAUGCAUAUUCUAGUGUUUCUGUUCCCCAUUGUAGGGUGACUAUAUGUCUUCUUUUACCCGGACAUGUCCUCUUUUUUGGAGGGAUGUCCGGCCUUGUCCAGCUUUGUCCAGGGAAGUUUAUAAAAUCCUUCAAAUGUCCACGGUUUUGUAUGGAAGUUUGGAGUUUGUGUCACAUGGACUUACUGAGUUAGAAGCUCAUAAAAGACGCUCGAUUCAACCCGGAAAACUCUCAAAAUUAACUUUGUGUGACUCCGCCCCCUGCGUAGUUGUAUCCUCUUUUUGGAAAGUUAGAAGUCACCCUACCUAGUUAUCCUGUUCCCUGUGAUCCUGUCUUGUGAGUUAUUAGUUCCUCAUGUUCUCAGUGUUUUUCUUUAGAUAAGUUUUCAGUGUUUCCUGUUUUAUUUUGGAGUAGUCCAUCCUUGUCUGUAUAGUCUUGUUUUACUUCCUCAGUAAUUGUCUGCACCUGUGUCUCAGGGUCUCACCUGCCUCUUAUUGCUCGUUUCCCUAUGUAUAGAUAGUCCCUGUCUUUCCCUGUAUCUUUGUUGGUUCAUUGAAUGUUUUUCUAUAUGUCUCAGUGGAAGUCGAUGUGUGAAUCCCUAGACUGCGUUUACACGUGCCUGGCUAUUUUCAUAAAUGGACAUUUCACCCUCUCCGUUUACCAAAAAAAAAAAAAAACUGUGUGCACACAACUACGUUUUCAGAAAAGUUUUUGUUUUCACUAACCCGUGUAUAUUUGCCAUCAAGAGCAUGCCAAACCUGUUGCCAGAAGCUCAAGCCCACAUUAGCCAAUAUGAAUCUUGCAUAGCAGCAACAACAACAACGUCCCUUCCUUCUUCCUUCUCCACAAUCUACCAAAAUCUCAGUUUCUCUCUGUUUACAUGCAAAGUUUUAAAAGGAAUUUUUAAAAAGCAUCGUUUUCUGGGGGCAAAUUCUCCGUUUGCAUCUAACCAAAGGGUGCAAACAAUGGCUAAUGUCUGUUUUUAAAAAUAACCGGGUAUGUUUAAACACAGCCUUAAUGUUUAUUUGUCCCAGUGAAAGUCGAUGGGCGAAUCCCUAGUCUCCUUGUAGUUUUUCCUUUGAUUGGUGUAUCAAUCUCAACAGAGCGAUUCUUAAGUGCAAUCUUUUUUGCAUGUUGACUUAAGGAGACAGACUCGUCAAUCGUUUGUUCAGUCUAAAAGUGUCCUAAAGGAUGCCGGUUCAGUUCAUGAGCCAGUUUGAUGAAUAAAAUCAUAAAAGCAAACUUAAGACCUUCAAAUUCAGAUGUGACAUUUACUUAGCUUUGACCUUUCAGCAGGUGAUUUUAUCACUUUUUUAAGCAAGGACGGAGUUCAAGAGAAAUAUUUCUAGUUCCAGUGAGCCAAAUUUUUAUGCUUCACAUCAGAAUAGUGAGCUAGGAAAUUAAAUGUUGCUAUAGUAGCAUUUACUUUAUUCACGGACAGAAAUUUGUUGUAUUACAGGUCAGAUUUCGUCAAGAGUGCCUGGCUGCAGAAACAGCAGAGCUCUGUAAGUGCAUGCACAAUUUGACUUCCUUGGACUUCCAAUUUCUUUCAACAUCUGAGGUCAACUUCUAACUGCACUUGUCCUUGCAGUGGCUUUGACUGGGUAUGUACUUAUGGAGGUCUGCUGUGUCUGCAACCCGGUUCUUGUUCAUUUUAUUCAGUUUGAUUUUUUAAAAUCAGAAAUGCAUGUUUAUUAUAGCAUGCAUGUCUGUCCUGAACAACAGAAACUUACUUUUCAAUAGAUUAUUCAUUCAAGAUUCAUUCAAUAAAAAUACAACAGCCUUCUUAGUAUCGUAGUCAAAACUCGUAUUUGUAUCACUCGUGUGCCUCUUCCUCCAAACUCAAUAUCAUGCCUAUUUACAAUCAGUGCACCUUAAAAAAUCUCCACUUAAGUUCACAACACGGCCACUAGGUGUCGCUCUCUCACCUCUGUUCUCACAGGCUCCAAUCAGGUUGAUGAUGUUGGGAUGCUGGCCUAGUUUACACAGCACCUCCAGCUCCCCUGCGAAGUCUCUGUGGUCAUUCUCCGAAGCGAACUCUGCAGGAAGAUCGGCGCACGCAGCGGGGUUAAACAAAGUGCAAACUCAGCAGCUCCGGUUCUUGUCUUUGAAAUGAGAUUUUGUGAUACAUGCGGCGUGUCUGCACGUAUGUGAGCGCUCAUACAGAUGUGUUUACCCUUCAGCAUCUUGAUCGCCGCGCUCAUCUUAUUACCGUCCUUCUUGAUCAUGGCUUUGAUGACCUGGUUUUGAAACAGUAGUUAGUUUGAAUGUUUGAUACAAUCUGAAAGGAAUCUGAAAGAAGUAGAAAAAGUAAAGAGUAAACCUGGCCAAAGUUCCCUUCUCCAAUGACAUCUUCAAACUUGAUGUCCUCCCACUCCAGGAUUGGAUAGGUGAGGGGCUCUGGUGUUGGUUUAGGCCUUCGUGUCAGGGUCAGGGUUCCUGAGUUAAACUGAAGGAUAGUCUCCUCACCCUGGGGGUACAAAUGGACUUAAAGUCUAGUGAAAACAGUUUUAUCGUAGGGAUAAUUUUCUGAAAUUGGCUGCCUGUGUAUCAGAACUUGAUGCAGAUCUUAAAUCACAAGAGAAGUGGGGUCUUUUUCCUGUCUGGUUUUACGCAAUCUGCAACCAUUGGAGUCUCCCAGGAUGCAGAUUUUGGCGGUUUUGGCCUCAGUUUUGCAACCAGUAGCCAAACUUUCCACAUAAAAACUACAGAUGAGUCAGACUAAUCUUAGGACAGUCUCAGUGUUGAGUCUUAAACUUACCGAUCCAGACUGGUAGGUGAACGUGCGCCGACGGUUCAGCAGCGUCUUGCGGAUGAAGAAAAGAGCCAGCAGAGCCAGCAGGAUGGUCACACAGGUGACUGUUACUGAACCCACCACCGCCACCAGCAGCUGGUAACUGUCCCCGUUAGGCCUCCCAGCCACACCCUGGGUGGUCGGGGUCAAACUCUGAGGACCUUUUCAGGCAAAGAAGAGGAAAAGAGAAGGGAGGACAGGGAGGCAGGAUGAAAGAUGGAGAGAGAAAACCCAAAUAUGGAGAUGAGGAUGAUUUUCAGAUACCGUACAUUAGUAUGCUGUCUAUGAAAUAUUACCCAGAGUGCAUCCCUGUCUCUGUGUGGGUGGUCCUCUUUAACCACACCUCGGGAAAGAACUGGCUAAGUGUACAGUAGUGGAGAAACUAUCCAGUGGGAGUGAUUUUAGUUUGAAGGGGAAGUAAAGUGUGUCCAAGAAACUUUUGAAACAUGUUUAUAUCAGUACACUGCACAUUUUUCAGCAUUCCUUUCUGAGAGGACGCCACAUUCCAGAAAAGUGAGAAUUUUCCACAUUUUUACCGCUGCCUCACCAACGCAGGGAGGAAAGGACGACUCAGCCUUCUCAAACUUUUCUCAAACUAAGUUCCAUCUUCAGGUCACAGAGCUUUUCUAACUCACAUUUCAACAUUUCGAACAUUUCUGAAAGUGUGUGUGUUAGAUUCAGAGAUAAGAAUGCUGAAUAAAGGGAGAGGUGGGAAAUAAACUAGGGCUGGGCGAUAUGGCCUCAAAUCAAUUCCACAAUAUAUCUAGCAGUUCACCUUGAUAACGAUAAAUGCACGAUAACUACUCCAGAAGCUGCUUAUCCCUUCCCACAUUAACUUUCUCUACUUCAGCCGCUACAACUUUUGAACCAUCAUCCAUCUCCUCACCUGUCUUUCCCUCUUAGUUACGGACUGGAUGGGGUGGAGGCACGUCUCUGACGUAGGACAGCGUCCUAAAGGGACAUGAGACCAUAGCCUACCUACACACAUCCAAAACCAACUUUUAUUUAUUAAUGUUUUUGACACAGAAUAUACUGACAUGGGCAAAAUGACGUAAAUCGUAAAUUUCGGUAUUGGUAAAUUUUCAGUUUAACGCCCAGCCCUAAAAUAAACAACAUAAAACUUCAGUCACUGUUUUUGUACGUAAUAACAUCGCUGCACUUUUGUACAUUCCACUUAAAAACUCCCAGACGACCCAGCUGACUUAAAGACUUAAAAUUUUAUGGUUUGAGCUGAAGCAACUGACUAUAAGCUGAGCAUACAGGUUAAAGUUUAUCAAAUAUAAGUCCUAAGUCAAUAAAAUUCUAAGGGUCACUUUUUAAAUUUUCGGUACCGACUGAAAAACUUUUUUUAAUGCAAAUAAUAGAAUUAGGUUUUAGAUUGCAUUUCUUUGUGGCAAUGCCGAGACGCUAAGGCAGAGGAACUACCGUGUCUGCAGUGCUAUAGUUUUUGUUACAUAAGUCGGUAUAACUAGAGAAGCAAGCAGUCGGCAACAUUCAUCUCUCGAGGGGGGUGUCUAAGUGUUACGGUGUUUUUGACCCAAACUUAAUUUUACGCCGGAAUAUCCCUUUCACUGCAAUUUUAACAGCUGAUUGACUGCCCUGCUUCUAUGUCGUACACCUUUGGAGGUUAGCAGAGUCUGACUGACUUCAAACAACCCCCCACUCACCAUCUUCUUGUGUCAUCGCCUGCACCACCUUGCUCCACUCUCCGGGAACUUUGGAGAAAGCUCGCACUCUGAACUGAUAGAACGUGCUGCUGUUGAGCGCCGUCACAUCUUUGGAGGUUUUGUUCCCGUCGUCUGUGUCCACCCAGGGGUGAGGGCUGCCCUGACCCACAGGCUGGUACUCUAUGAUGUAUUUAAUGAUGCCUCCGUUGGGGUCUUCGGGAGGCUGCCAUGUCACCUGGAUGGCUGACACAGACAGAGCGUGGGCCUGGACGUUGCGUGGGGAUGAUGGACCUGAGACAGAGAGAGGUUUUACAGAAAAGCUGAUGGAUCUUAGAGUAAAUCUUACAAAACAAGAUCACCUCAUAGAUUUAUUCUGACAUGAGUAGAAACCUACUAAGCUGUUUCUUGAUGAUUGCAAACUAACUGAAUCUGAAUGAUCUCUUGCUUAAGUUUUGACUUAAAGUUUGUGGGCAGAGAGAGAGCAAAGAAGUGAACAGCAGGGCAGCAGGUUUUAAGACUGUUCAGGACUGAUAACCAACAGAUCCAUAGAUCCAGGACCCCUAAUGAGUCACCCAGCUGUGACCAACACUUGAUCCUGACUGGUCAAAACCUCCCCGAUGAAGGUUAUUAACUUCGAAUAUCAAGAGUGACAUGAUAGCGUCAUCUCCUCUUGAUUAUAGUCUGAAUUUAUUCAGAAAGCAGACUGGUGUUCAGCUGAGAAAUGAAAAUAAGAGAAACUGCAAAACACACAAGGAGCAGCAGAGGGAAGGAGACAUCAAACAAAUGAAAGAAAACAGAGACAUGGUUUGGAUUGAUGGGACUGGCUGAGUAAGAAGAGAAUCCCAACAGAAAAGAGGGUCAUACAAAGGCUCUGCUAUUUUCAGUUUCUGUAAAAAUGCUGACAGAAAGGUGAAAAAAAAGUUCAGUUUAAUGUUAAUUAAAACCUGAAAUUAAGCUGAUGAGUACUGUUGCCAGUGAAGUGCUAUCAAUCUUCAAAACAGAGGCAUGAUUGUUUUAUCUGCGCUAAUACUUUGUUUUUAUUCAAUGAAAUCAUCUCUAGAUCAACUGAGGGUCAAGUUGUUUGUAUUUUUAGUCCCUGGAUAAUGUGUGGAAUGAUUUUAAAUCCAGAUUUAAGACAAUCUGCAUAGUAAAACUAACUCAUUUUAAACCUGGGAGUUUAGGGAAAGUAACUUACUUUCAGUUUCUUUGCUUUUCUAAGAGGACGAUGAAUUUUUAAUUGAAAAAGACAUCAAAAUAUGAUGGAGUUUUAAGUCCACAUGAAAGAAAGCAUGACAAUUUUAUUCACAAAAUCCUGUCCUUUUAUAUUAAUCUUGUAGUUAUAAAUGUUACCUUGAUAUCUUCAUAUAUAUUUUUUUCUCAAUGUGGCUCUAAUUCUUUGUUGUGCUCUAUGUUUGGUGCUCUAAAUUUACCAAUGUGCGUGUUUCUGUUCCCUGUGUACAGAAGAAAACGUGUUUUAUUUUUAGUUUCUCUCUAUUUUAAAAGUAUUUCAAAGGUUUUUAAAGUUUCAGCAGCUUAAUGAAUCAUGACUAACAGAACAAAAGAGAGCACUGGAAAUGCUGAAGUAGAAUAAUAAACUAAGCUUGUGAAUUUUAGAAAGUGGUUUGGUCUUCUUGAGUGGGAUCCAGUUUUAAAUUUUUGGGUAAAUGUUUCAGUCUCUUUGAAGUGGGGAAGCUGCACACUCACACGGCUUACUGCAACAUUCAUAAGGAGCUCUUCCCUGCAGCUCAUGAACAGCAGAGUUUCUAGUUACCCUGGCUGCUGAGGCGGAAGUGGUAUGGUUUGGAGGGAGGCCCCUGGCUGCCACAGUUGAUGAGGCGCACCACCACCUUGUAGUCUUUCUGGUACUCCAGGUUGUGGAACUUAGUGGAGAGCACGGUGAGCAGGGUGGUUUCUUCCAGGAGUUUCUCACUGUGAGGCGGAGGCCCGAUGAGCUGCACUAAAAAGCCGCUGGCUGUGCGGGCAUUAACGUCACUGUUGGGGGGAAGGCGCCAGCGUACAGUGGCAUUACGACCCUCCACUGAGCUGAUGUCAAUCUCAGGCUGAACUGUGGGCUCUGCAGCGACAGAGAACACAGAGUGAGCUGAAGGGACUGACAGCUCUUUGUGAGUUUCCCCUUAUAAAAUGUCUGGAUACGUUUUCUGGAUAGUUGCAUCAAUUAUGUAACAUUUAGUCUGACUACAGCUGAUAGGAUUGUUAGCUUACAACACGAAGAUACAUCCUAAACCCUGUUUUAAAAUACUAAUUAGGAAGUGUCUAAAACACAUGCAGCUUGACAGGAGACCUGAAUGGAUUUGCAUGUUUGCGCCUCCUAAAUAACUAAACAAUUCUUCACUUUUAUGGGCAACAAAGUAAAACUUUCAGUUUGUAUUAGGGGCCCACUGUGAUAAUAUCAAAACACAGCAAUGCUGCAAGAAUCAAUAUAGUGGAGAGUGGGGUAAGAUGAGCCAUUUUUCAUAUUUCGGAUCACUGCAUCAAGGCAAUCAUAGUUUGGUCUCUAACUAGUGUAUCUGCAUAUAUUUCAAGAUGUUGUUCAUCCCUGCAAACCAACUUUCAAGAGUGAAAAAUGUUUUUUUGGAAAUAAAUGUCUAACCCCUUCUUCAUCCAUGUGCUUCUAACCUUCACAGACUCCAUUAAAUGAUGUCCAUCUCCUAAAUAUUUGGUCACAUGAUCAAUUUCUUUUACCAUUUCCAAACAACAGGGGGUGGCUCAACUUACCCUUCGGCUCAACUUACCCCAGUCUCCCCUAUUGCAAAACAAUCAAGCCUGAUUUACUCAUGCCAUCAGCACCAUCACACAGCAUGAUGGAGUACUGAUGUGGUGAGCCUUAUUUAUCCUAUUUGAAUAUCAAUAUUUGGCCCUCAGCGUAUUGAUAUUUGUAUCACACAGCUCAGGGGAACCAUAUAUUGCUGUUUUGAUAUUUUAUUCCCCCCUAGCAUGCAUAAACUACUUAUUUUGUUCAAAAUCCUCCCAUCUUUGAAUAAACAGGAGAACUAAAAAAAGUCAUAAGCUACAGAGAAAUAUUUUUGGACAUCCUUUCAAAAUUUAAAGAAGCUAUCAAGAGUCUGAAUGAUUUUAUGUAGCUUCAGGAAUGGAUAGCAAUCAUAAAUGCUGCACCAUAACCCAUUUAAAUGAGACUUCUCACUCCAUAAGUGGCGGUUUAGUACACUAUUAAAAAAAGUUUCUGCUUGUUCGAGAGACAAACUAUCCCUGUGACAAACAACAUUUGUUCUGCCUUAUGGAGCAGACCACAUCCUGCCAGCCAGAGACUCACAUUAAAUACAGCUCUGUGCUCUGAUACUCCAUUUCAGUCUCCUGGACUCACUUGUUAUGCUCUCUCCUCCUGCACCACAAACACUUAGGAAUGAAAUCCCAGAUUCUGCCAAAUCGAUGCAGGUUUAGCAAAGUUAAUUAAUGACUGAUGAGAAAUAUUUAUUAUGGUUUGCUCUCACAGGAAUCUUUAUUUUAUCUGAGAGGAGACUUCAAAUAUAAUUCAUCUUCUAUAUUUGUCUCAGUCUUGAGACAUCUGGGUAGCUACGCUCACUGGGGAAAAGACAAUUGGCUCCCUGCAGCCUGGGAAAAAACACUGCAGAGGAAAAAUAAGGAGAUUUUUCUAUUACUGUCAUCCUGCCACUAGAUAAUAACUCUCCUCUGGGCUCUGCAGACCUGAAUGUGAACAUCUUUCCCUUGGCGAGACUUCCUGAUAGACGUACUCAUGUGCAGUGAGGUAUGUGAUCCUGUUGACUGGGCAGGACAGAUAUUUGUGGUUCUUACCAGGACAGUCAGUCUCCAUGAUGGCCUCUGGCCCUGGGGCCCCUUCUCCUCCUACCCCAGGACGACUCAGCUGGACACGGACUCGGUAACGGGUCAAGGGCUCCAGAUUCACGAGCGUGAUGGACUCGUUGUCAGUAUAAACUAGAGAGAGCAGAUUAAAGAGGAUUAGACUCAUGUUUUGUCCCAUCUGAGCGUGGUCUCUGCUGCUGGACCUGUUAUGACUGACUGAUACUGGACCAUGUGGAAAUGCUUAAUUUUCUCAGUAAGAACAGGUGGAAAGAAAACUGGACAGUCUGAGUCUGAAAUAUUUUUCUUUUGCUGAAGCAAUUUCACAUUUGCACAUUAGAGAUAAGACCAUAUCCAGUGGUUAAAUUGCAGUGUUGUAUAGUAAGUAAGUAGCAAUUCUUGAGUACAGUACUUGAGUAUAAUUUUGAAGUAUCUGUACUUUACUGGAGUUUUCUUUGUGCCCACGGCUUUUACUCCACUACAUUUCACAAACACAUCUUCUACUAUUAUUUUUACUUCAUUACUUAUGACAGUGAGUAGUCUUUUUUUCCUUUUACCUAAUGUUGAUUUGCAUUGCACUUAAACAUCGCCGAUCAGUCACUUGUUCAUGUCCCCAGCCUAGGCUGUGCAGUUGCUUGCACCAACCUAAAUGUCAAGUGGCUGUUUUGAUGGUUCUCAUCAUGCCCAACUGUCAUCCCAAGUUCUUUGACUGUUGGAGGAUGCACUAUUGUCAUCAGGGGUUCGUCCAUCCCUCCCUCCCUUUUAUUUUUGCUAAGCUGUUGCUUGCACCCACCUGAAAUGGGUGCUUAUUUGGGCACAAAUGACAUUUGCAAAAAAACAAAAAAGACUAUUUAUUUGUACUUUGAUUUUGAAUUUUUACUUGGAGUACAUUUACCCGAGUACUUUUGAUACUUAAGUAGAGAGAAUGUAAUAUACUUUAAGACUUCAACUUGAGUGGAAUUGUCAUGGGAGACUUUCACUUUGACUUGAGUCCUUUUCUAGCAAGGUAACUAUGCUUCAACUCAAGUAUAUAUGUUUAGUACUUCAUACAACCCUACUAAAUUGGCUUUCAUAAGAUUAUUUUAUCCAAACAACCAUAUUUUUGUUAGCCCUGCACUGUAGCUCAUACACCCACUGUAUCAAGUGUUCAGUGGUGCUGUCUGGUUUCAUGCUACAGCUUAGUAAAGGUCAGGAUAUUUCUGCCUGCUUACCUAUGAUAGUGGACCAGGAGUCUCCGUUCCCCACUGGCUUGUAAAGGAGCUUCUUUGAGAUGAUGGGGCCGUCUCCUCUGUGAGACUCCAUGGGCAACACCAGCAGCUGUUUACUACUUUUAUCCAGCAGUUUGGGAGCAGUAGUGGGAACAGGAGGCUCUGAGGAAACACACCAACAGAGAGUAAGAUUUAGAAAUUACAACAUUAUAUAGCUCUCUCUGUUUACUUCUUACUCGAAAGAAACAGACCUUUAACAGUGAGGUUAAACUUGCGGGAGUCCUGGCCUCCAUUUGUGGACACCCUGCACUCCCACAAUCCUCCUUGUUGAGCCGUCAGAGGAGGGAUAUCAAACAGGGCUGUGCUCUUAUUUGAGUCCAUCACCGUACUCGUAGCCUGAAACAAAAAAAAAACACUUUAUAACACUGUCUUUUCUUGCUGCUUCUAGUAUUUGUGAUAAGAUUGUCCUCAGUGUGUGUUCCUGUGGGAACUGUGUGUACAGUUCUUCAUCAGGUUAUUUGUACAAUCAGGGAAACAGCAAAGAAGAAAUAACACAUUAAUUUCAGCAUGUCACAUGAGACUGUAGUACUAUACUAUCUGAUCAGACCAUUGUUUCAUUGAUUUCCUCAAAGUUAAACUCAACUGUACAAUCAUUAGAUCAAACCAAAGGCACAGAAAAGUUAUUUAUUAUUCCAAGAGUUUCUGGACUUGUUUCCUCGCUAGUAGGGCUGUGGUUGAUGUGCUAAAAAUAAAAUGAUCAUAGUAUAAGUUAAAAGCUGAGGUUGUAAACUUUGGUUGCCACGCCAAACAAAACGGUAGAAAGACGAAAAUGAUGCAGCAGAAUGUGAGCUAGCGUAAAGCAACUCUCUAAGAGAUGAGUCAGCAGUUUUUAAAAACUGAAAUUUCAUGAUUUAUUGUAAAACCAAAAUAAAUAUUGAAGCCGGUUCAUCUUAAAUUUACUUGUUAAUUAUAUAUUUCAAAUUUAUAUCAUCCUUUUAGCUGUUUUCAUUCAACUCCGUAACUUACGAUCUACCGGAAGUAGCGUACACUUCAAAAUAAAAGCACAGUUCACAAUGUAGGAAAUACAUACACAGGAGAAACAAAUAUCAAAAAAAAAGCAUGCUGAACAAUCGUUUUUAUGAGGUAAUGGUCUCGGAAUGCCUCUUCUCAAGCUAUUUUAAAUUUUAAGUUUUCCAUUAAUAUUCCAUAGUAAUGUUGUGACUUUUUAUAGCCACAAUAGAAGUUAGUUGAAAAUCUGAUAAUGUAACAGCUCAACUCCAGAUAUCUAAUCACCUACUAGUGCUGCUCUUGUCGGCUACAAACAACUGCAGGAGCACUGGUAAUCAAAUGAUGGCAUCAGUGUUUUGUGUUACUUGCAUGUGAUAAUGCACUGAGGACAUGGGUUAAAAAUGAGCACUCGCUCUAAACUCCUCAUGCAGAACAUCACUUUCAUGCUUUGUACCAGAGCACUACUACUUUUGCAUCAUCUCAAAGGAAAAAACUAAAAGCUGAUAGUUGUGAUUUACAAAGACAAACGAGACAAAAUAAAAAGAGUCUUUUUAAAGUUAAUGAAAAAUCGGAGCAUGCUGUUCUUGUCCAGCUUUCCCGAUUAUCAGGCACGUUUGAGUCGAUCCAGACAUACAGCGUGAAGUAGUGGGGAUGAGUAAAACCCCACAGUGGAUUCACUUUUCAGCAGUGAUGGAUAUUACUCCCCCACAAUCAGCAGUUUUUCUUUACUGUAUUCAGACUUUGUUUUUUGGCUCUGUUUCUAGAGUCUCUAAUUUUGUUGAGAUGAACUUUAUGUUCAUUAAAGGUAUCUUCAGGCAACUUAUUAUGCGACACCCCUCAGAACCUCACAGAUUACCCUCUCCAGUCCGUAUAUAUUCAGGCAUCUCCACAUGUAUUUCUACCUUGAGCACUGUGCUGUCCAGCUUUCUCAACUCGAUGCUGUUGUGGCUGGGCAGGGGGUUUCCUGUAGCUGAACAGGAGAUCUUGGGGCUGGAGUUCAGAUUCCACUCCAAAUUACUAUCCAAAUCCAGGAUCUGGGGAGCCCGGUCUGAAAAAAGAAGGGGACGCAUGAAGCGGAGGAAAGAUAGUGGAGUAUUAGCACAGGAUAUUGAUGUUGCAGCAGAGUAAAUGAUAGAGGAAUAACACUGAACAAAAACUGUUGUGCAUACGCCUCAUUUUCUAUAAUCCACAACUAAUUAUCUCCUUCACAUUUCCAGAGAAGAUUAUGGUUUUAAUUCAAACCAUUAGUCAGAUUUUGAGAUCGUAAAUCUCACUAAUUAUGUUUGAUAUUUAACUUCCAUGAGAAAUCCUGCAAACUGAAGCAGUCUCAAGGAUUAUGUUCGUUUUGACUGCUCUGAUUUGCAGCAGACAAGCUCUCUAGAUCCAAAUUUGACCAGGAUUUUAUCUAAAAACUGUUUAAACUUUACAGUGUUAGACAUGUUGAUACAGCCGCCCUAAAGGUAGAAACAAAUUAGAAGAAGAAGAUACCAACCAGACUUCUCACAGUGCUGUCCUCUCCAUCCAGUAGGACAAUGGCAACCACUAAUGCGUUUACAAACCCCUCCGUUCUCACAUUUACAGCUCAGCGCACAGUCUGGUCCGUACGUGUCGCCAUGGCAGGCUGAAAACAGAAAACAAAACAAUCAUGCAAAAGAGGAAAGUGUGCCAUUAAACAUGUACAAUUAUCAGAUUAGAAAAAAAAAACCCAGAAGUUUGUUUAAGUGAUGAGGCGCUUACGUUUUUCACAGCGGGUCCCAAACCAGCCGCUGGCGCAGGAGCAGCCGUAAGGGUCUGGUAGGCAGAAUCGAAGCCCCUUACAGCUCAUCCCAGAGCCACAUGACUCCUGGCAGUUUCGUCCAAACAUUCCUUCCCUGCAGGCUGCAAGAAAGUAAGAGAAAGACAAAUUCACAAAUGUGUUUAUUUUUUAAAUUCCUUGGGUUUUAGUGUAACACGCCUCAACCCUCCGUGACAACAACACAGAGAACAGUAUAACUGAGGUGCCGAUGUUGUUAGAUUAUGAAGUCUUGCAGUCUUAAAACCAACCAAACCUUCACAUCUGAAUAUACAACUUACAAAAUGAGCAAAGUUUUGUCAGUGCAGUAUUUAGAAAGGAAAUCUGGAUAAAAGGACCAUACAUUUCAUUUCACCAACAUCAUUGAUCGUUUUUUAAAACACCUCAUGCUGAGAUGCUGGCUGGCCUAGUGGCGACCUUUGGGGUAAGGUGACCAGACGUCCUUGUUUUCCAGGGACAGUCCCGAUUUUGUUGACCUGUCUCAGGCUAAAUCUGUCCCUGAUUUAAGCGUUUCAUGACUGAGAAAAAAAAUCGUGUAUGUAGACUAGAACUUAUUACGGUAGCUGAGUAGGUAGGAAGCGCGAGUAAGCAUGUUGCACACAGUCCUGAACAACAGUUUUUAAAUGACGUAAAAUUUAAGAUAAAUGUGAACAACUACCACACAAUAAGGGGCAUGAUAGGGUUCUCAAAAUGUGGUUUUGGAGUAUUAGUAAAGUCUCAAAACUGAAAUUUGACCACCAGACACCACUAGCUGUCAACAAAGACAGGGAUUAAACAGUUUUCUGUACUUUUGCAUGACAGUUGUUUUUUUACAUGCGCUGUACAUGAGCCAAACUACCAAUGCAUUUGGAUCUACCUGGUACUAUUAGAUAGGGAUAAACUUUGCCAUCUUUUAUGUUUCCCUGCUGCUAGUGUUGUUAUCUUGCACUAAGUAGGCGACAGUUGAGGCCAAAGUUUGAUUAGCAGGCUAACAGUGACGUUAACCAGCUAAUGUUGACAGCAUGUGAAUCCGCUAAGCUCAUGUUAAAGUGUUGUUGCUUAUUUGGCGUUUGCCAGCUUCAUAUAUGAACACAGUGUUGCCAAGCUAGCAACUUUGUCACUAGAUUUAGUAACUUUUCUGACUCCCCUAGCGACUUAUUUUCAUAAAAGCGCCAAGCCUUUGACUGAGAAACUAUGCAAAUUAGGCAUUGACGUCAUCUAGCGACUUCUAGUGAUUUUUAUGACAGCCACUAGCGACUUUCCUGACUGAGGAGUUGGCAACACUGUAUGAACCCCUCCUGCUUCUCCCCUAGCUAGCUCACCUAGCAUCCUGUUGCAGGACCUGUAAGCAGCACCGUUCCCCUGGUUACCCUCCUAUUUGGACACUCAUCGGUGAUAUACCAUCUUUGUCUCUCUUCUCUCACUUAUGCAAACACACAACCUUGUACACUAUCAUUUUGAGAACACUGAAGUGAGCACAAACCUGUCUCACACCGCGUUCCCAUGAAUCCUGGAGGGCAGACACAGUCUCCAUCAGCAUCAUGACACACUCCACCAUUUAGACACUCAGGACAGUCUCUGUCGCAGGAAGGACCCCAUUUUUUAGCGGGACAGUCUGCAAGGAGUAAGUGACACAUACACUGAUAGGUACAAUAACCAUUACAAUAACGACACACCAAGUAUGCAGUCUCUGUGUAAGCAAGAUUCUUGUGUGUCACUGUUUCUAAGAUUGUGAAAGUCAGUCUCUAACAAACCUCUAACAAUGAGCCUCAUCCAGGCACCAUGCAGGGGGCUGUCCCCCACGUAGCUGGCACUGUAGAUGCCCUCAUAUCUUAACUCCAAAUGGUCCACUGUCAGAACAGCAGUGCGGUUCAUUAUAUCGUUCCAGUGAGUCAUGUAGUUGUAGUUUCCUAUAAAAGGCAGAAAAACAUGAAUGGCAUGGCUCCACAUGUGGCGAAAUAGCUGUUAUUUGUUUAAUACACUAUGUGAACGGUCUGUAUUGUUGCUAUAAGUAGAUGAAAUUCAAUAAAAGUCGUGUUUGCUGUCUUACCGUUAAACUUCCACGUCACGUCUCUCUUUUGGGAGCUGAGGAGCUUCAUGCUGAGGUGAACCGACUCGUUUUUGUUCGCAGUCAUUGUGAGGUGGGUUGGGAGAAAAUUAGCUGUAAUAAAGUACAGAGUUGUUUUUUUUCUUUUUCCAAGUUAGCUGAAGUUUAAAGAAUACGGUAACUCAUACUCAAAGCUUGACACACCUCUGCCAAUGUUGUUGAUCAUGGUGACCGUCUCUGGCCGGGAAGCCUCCAUAGUGGAUUUACAGUAGAAGAUACCGAUAUGAUCCAGAUCUCUGAAGUCUCGAGCCACGGCCUCUUUAUUCCUCGGUUUGUGCACUUUGAAGGAUGGUUUCUUGGGGAAAACGAGGAUCUUGUCGUCUUUUUUGAUUUCCAGCUCCACCUGGGCUGGGCUACGCUCUCCGUUGAUACAAGUGAUGGAGAAGUGAUGGACGUUUGUGAACUCGGCUGUGGAGAUCAUGGUCAGGUCGAUCACAGCGUCUGUGGGAUGAGGAUGUGAAGUUUUAAACAAUCUGAUUUCUGGUAAACAGGCAAGGUUAAAUAGUCACAGUGAGCUUGACUUAGAAUUUUAAAGCUCCUGUGAGGGCUUGUUGUUUAGUGUCGACAAAGCGGUAACUGUUUUGGUGAUAUUGUGCGAUAAGUAGUUUUUGGUAACAAAGAAACUCAACCUGAUUUCGGUUUCAGUUGUGCGCAGUGUAUCUGACACCUACCCCCCACCAUGCUUAAAGACAUUACAAAUAAAUAUAUACAAAGUCUUUAAACUGUUGGUUUAAUUUGCUCUUGUAAGUUGUAAAGAGUCAUCUAUAUUUAUUUCAUUGUUUUAUAACAUGCUUUAAAGCUCCUGUGAGGACUUUUAAGCUUCUUACAAUUUUGGCGCCCCCUAUGGACAAAACCAUCUUUACUUAACUCGUCAUUUACAAGCUUAAGCUGCAAUUUUUCACAUACAUAUCAUAUCCUGCUUACUUUUUACUGUCACACACAUCAUUAAUUCUGAAUACUAAUGACACCUACCCCCUGGCACCAGUUUCAGACAUUAAAACGUACAAAACAAAAAUCCCCAAUCUUGUAGCUGAUGGUCUUACAUGCCUUUGGAUGUCAUAAAAAGAUAACUGAAUGAAUAUCAGCCUAUUUUAUAAACAUGUAGAACUACCCAUAGGAGCUUUAAACUUUUAGUUUUUUUGCACAUAGAAGUAAUUUGAUGGAGACAGCACAUUUUUUUCCACUAGCCAGAGAAAGAAACCAGGCUGUUGCUGACAAACAACGAUGAUAGAAUUAACUGUAACUGUCUGUUUUACCUACUAAAUGAAUCAUGAGCUUCGUCCUAAACAUAUUUUGGUUGUUUAAAACUUAAGUUAAAUGUUAAAUGAUCAUGUUCUUUAAGGUAUGUUGCCUCCAAAUUUAAGAAUUUUUUCAAUUCUAGCAAGAAAGUUUGGACAAAGUGAGUGAUAUGAAGUUUGUAAGUCAUUUGUGUGCUAAAAGUGGAUUUAGCUUUAAAAGACCACAAAACCUUUGCAGAUGUGUUAAUGCAGGUGUGCCAAUUGCUGCAAUACUCGAGAAGUGCAUAAAGUAAAUGGACUGAUCUCAACACUUCCACUACUCAUGCUUUUACAUUACAUGCCACAUUCACCAAUUCAUCUCACAUUCACACACUGGUGGCAGAGGCUGUUGUAUAACACUCAUCACUAUUGACCAAUCCUGUCCACACACCAGUUUUAUUGUCCUUGGGAGAAAUUUGGGGUUCAAAAACUUGUGCAAAUGUACCGCGGGACCGGGGAUUACACCACAAACCUUCAAACUGGGACAUGACUAACUCUACUACAGAGCCACAACCACCCAGAGUUCUUAAUUUUGUCAUCUCUGUCAUGUCCAAUUCUUCUUACUCAUCCUCGGUCCUACUUAGUUUAUCUUUUACUGAAUAUUUUCCUCAGGUUUCAUGUUUUAAUUCACACACAUAAGAGUUAUAUUCCACUUCUAACAGUAGAAGAUAGCAGUUGAGCACAGUCUCAUGUCAAAAAAAUGUCUGCUGGACAAAACUGCACAAAAUGCCUUUGGUCUUUUCCACAAACCUGUAAUAACUUCAAUAAAAUUGUCUGGACAAUCAUGUAAACACCCCAAAUUAUGUUUAAUUUAGAGCAGGAACAUUAUAAGUAGCCUAAAAGUACCCGUUUGGGUACUUCUUAAAUGUAAAGUUAUAAUCAAUAUUGUAACUUUCAGGGUUAAAACACCCUCCACACUCACACCUGAGAUACAGAUUUGAACACUGGAGAUACCAGUUCCCCUAUUUUCAACAAAGUUUUGGUUGAAGGAAACAUUUGAGGAAUGUAGUUAUUUUAAUAAACUUGCCAAACCCUGUGUUGUUUGUGCAGGAUUCCUUCUUGCUGGAAUUUAAGCCUCAGAACCACAGAACAAUGGCAGGAAACAUGGAUGAGCUCCUUUUCUCCCCAAGGAUUCAGAAAUCUACACUCUUUACUCAGAGGGAGGUUAAGACUUUAUAAGACUUUGAACUAUCAUAAAAAAAUAAAGGACAAAAAGAAGAAAAACAUGAAAUGAAAAAGUGUUGACAACGGUGGAAAACUUAUCUUCUUUAUGGGGACAGUAUUUCUUAAGUGAAAGCCCCCUUGGACAUUUUUGCUCCGUUUACUCAAACACAAAUCUUUAAAUCAGUUUCUUCUUACCUGAUAAAUCAAGGAAGCACAACACAAACACCCACAAGAUCCUCAUGGUUUUUAUAAUCCUCAUUGGGACCAACUUGUCGCUAUAAAACAGGAUUCGGUUCAGAUGAGUUGUACAUCCAAAAACGGUGACGCUGCGUCACGACGAGCGCUGCGCUUUUUUACGCAUAACUUUGGCGAACCUUCCAGAGCUCCGCUUCAGGAGAGAAAUCUCUUCAUUCAGGGGGGAAAAAACCACAGCGGUCCCGUCAGACUCGGAGAGCUUGUAUCCGUCGCACUGACCACAAAGUUGGACUUGCGGUGAGGCUGAGCUUUCUCUGGGUGGGAAAGGAAGAGCGUCAUCAGACAGCGGAGGACUGCUGGCGCUCCGGACCUCCUCAUUCGAUUAAUGUAUUAAUGAGUUUAAACUUUGGCACCGUUUGGUCCAGUAAGGUGCCAAUCACUCAGACUGUGUGAAUACAACUUUUUCUAUGAUAUCUUUGGGGGUUUUGCAGUGUCAACAAUAUAGAAAAGAAGAUGGCUCUCACAGAAAUAAGCUUAAUAGAAGCAUGUUUUUAUAAGUGUUUUUCAAGAGUUUUAUGGACAGAGUUAUAGCUAAUUGAGUCUUGCUACUCAGAAGUGUAAAGCAGAAAUCAAGAAUACACCUGCCCCCCUUUAUUUUGGCAUCACUAUAGUCCAUCCUGUUCACCCAGAUACCAAUCAAAGCACAGUCCUUUUAAGAAUAAGACUAAGAAGAACUUAGUCUCCACCUUCACCAGUGUAGAUCUCUCCACCACAUCCUCCACUGAGUCCUGCUUGACUCAAGCUGAGUCAACUCUAAGUGAAUAAACAAGCAAAAAGAACCACAUUUUAGUAAAAUACCCCAUUACCUUUCACAAAUUUUCACUUUUCUUCCAAGAGUGAGGAUCCUGAAAAUCUCCUUUUACCGUACUGUGACAGUUGAAGGCUUAUCUUUCAUCCAGUCCAUCCAAGUCUGUUUUCCAAUAACAUGUUACCUUUCUUAAGGGAUGGCCAAAAAUAAGAGGGUAUGACCAGAGGAAAAAAUAUAUAUAAAUAUAUUUCACUGGGGUGGCCAAACUGGGGCACUGACUCUUGUAGGGUAGCCAGGUGUAGCCUCCAUAGUCAAGUGUUUGUCAGCGACUAGAGGGCCAGAUACUGGAGAGAUUUACAGGUGAGGAGAUGGGUUUUGUGGUCAAUGUGGCAUUUGAUCAGGAGCAACCAAAGGUGGAGAGGAUGUGCUGCCAGGAAAUCUGUGCAGGUCAGAACCACAGUAGCUGAGUUUUGUAUGUGUUGCAGCCUGUUGAAGGGUUCACUGAGUCCACCAGACAGAAGAAGUCCAAAUGAGAGCUAAUGAAGGAGUGGAUCAGCAGCUGUGUUUACUCCAUUCUGAUUAAAGGUGUUUACAUGGCAUGUGAUUCAAUCAGUUCUGGUGUUUAUAUACACCUGUAAAUUAAAUCAAAUGGUUCACAUUAGGUUGUGAGGUGAAGUGACCGAGCCUGAUCCAGCAGGAGAAAACUUUAAUGUGUUUAUCUCUGUUUUUUUUUCCUGUUAUGUGCUGAAGUAUCUCAUAAGACAUGUCGAUCUUUUUGGAUGUUUCUACAAACCGGCGUCCAGUUUGACUUUGUAGCUUGAUAACCGUCAGACACUGAGCAUGUAUCAUAGGGCUGGGCGAUAUGAGCAGUUCACCUCAGUGAUGAUAAAUGGAUGAUAGCUACUCCACAAGCUGCUCAACCUCUCCCACAUUAACGUUGUCUACUUCAGCCGCUACGACUUUUGAACCGUCCUCCAUAUCCUUACUAGAUGGGGUGGAGUCACGUCUCUGACGUCGGACAGCAUCUUAAAGGGACAUGAGACCAUAGUCUACCGACACACAUCCAAAACCAACUUUUAUUUAUUUAUCUUUUUGACACCUAAUAUACCGAUAUUGGCAAAAUGACGUCAGUUAUUGUCAUAAAUUUUGGUAUCAGUAAGUUUUCGGUUUAUCUCCCAGCUCUAAUGUGUCAUUACAUUUGGCCACUCUGGUCCAUGUAAAUUCAGUUAGUGUUCUGGGAGUAAGGGCAGAGUCUUGAUACUUUCCUGGGGCGGUGCAAAGCAGUUUGGUGAUGGAUUUAAUGUGCGACUGAGAAGACAGGGUGGAGUUCAGGAUGACUCCCAGAUUAAAGAAAGAAGCGGCUAACAGCUUUUUAAACCAAACUAUUAUUGUAAUAUAUAUAUAUGUACUGCCUAGUCAGAGGAAAUAACAAGUCAGGGUUUGGCCAAUCAGAUUUUAGGGUGACUACAACGACCCCCAGUCUCCCCACUGGCUCUUAACAAUCACCUAAAUGAUAAACCACUCACAUUUUUUUCAGCUUACAUUUCAAAGAGUAAUGAUUCUUAGACACUUAUCAUAUCUGUCAAUAAAGUUUGUUGCAUACAUGUUCAAAUAAACACAUUUAAGAAGAGAAGAGAUUUAUUUCUUUAUAGACCCACUCUGAUAAACCACUCUGAUAGAAAUCUUUUCUUUUUUUGUGUACAUGUUCGUAUGGCAUUUUUCUGAUGCUACAGGACAUUUCAGGCAAAUUGCUAAAGAGCUACUGGAGCUCUGCAGAAGAAAAGUCCUUGAAAAUGACACAGGAAACAUGAUUUUGGCUUAAAGCUUCAUAAUCACAAUUUAAAGACCACUGAGAACACUUUAAGCUAAAUCUACACUCUUACUUUAAAUAGAGACGUACUUUAUACUCAUUUGUGUGGACACAGCUGUCACACAGAAUGUAUCCCCAAAAUGCUGACACUGCAUUUUAUCAUUUCCACUACUGUCUCUGCAGAGAUACAGUAGAGCACAGUUACAGCAGUAGCAGCUGGUAUCAUGAUUUGCCAAAUGCAACAGCUUUGUUCUCCCACUUCAAUGAGUCGGUUACAAUCCCUGCAGCUUUUAUGCUCAGUCUCUUAUUUUCUCUCUCUGUUCAAAUCAGUCAGCCUCAGGAAAUGAUGAACAAUAUGCUUGUUGUGUCUAUUCUGCACUGAAUCUUUGAGUGCCGCACUGGUUCACUUUUAAACAACUGCACACGCCUUUUCGUAUUUACCCUGCAGAAACUGUCGAGCUGAUCCGAUGUUUUCUUUACGUUUCCUCGCAGCUUCAGACAAUCAGCUUGAAGUUGACUCAACUUCACAUUGUUUGAGAUUUCCUGUUUUCGAUUUCGGGGGCUCAUGUGGCUCUCUUGAGUGGGCAGAAUAUCAGGUUGUAUGCAGGACUUUCAAAGAAGAAAAGCUGAAUAAAACUUUAUAUUUCUUGAUAAGGUUUGUCCUGUGUGAAAAUGUGAAAAUCCUACCAGGAAAAGUGUCAAAAAGUGCAUGGAUGACAAACUUAAAAUAAUCUUAAGAAGAGGCAGAAGUCGUCCUGGUUCUUUUGGUUGAGGUAGAUCAGAAAACAGCAACAGAAGAAACCUGACUUGGGCUUACGCAGGUUGGGAUUGUUUGGUCUAGGAAUCACUGUGCUUCCAUUUUGGCUCUUGGCAAACAAAGAGUGUUGGCGCCGAGGUUUGACUCAGAUCUGUAUUGUCUCCCUUUGACCUGUUGGUGUGACCUGUGAAGCUCAAAAGCCAGAACAACUUCUUUUUAAAGACCCUCACGUUUCCUCUGCCCACACUUCAAAAACAUCCACAGACAGGAAUCGACUCUGAAGAGUGAACAAUCAUACCGAACUCUCCAGAACAGAUGCAAACUGCACAUUUUCUGCAAUACAGCGCAAGAAGUGUGCAUUAAAGAUUAUGCAACAAACAAAGUGCUGCUAAACUCAUUAAGUGCAGAGAGAGAGAAGAGGCAGAGGUGUUGCGUGCUGCAGACACACAGCUUGGUGGAGCCUCUUUAGGAAGCCAAAAGGGAAAAGACUGAAGGCUGGGUCAACACUGAUGCAUCACCCUCAGGCAGCAUUAAGGCUGUCAGCAGCCUCAAACUAGGGGGGACACUUUAGUGAGAGUGUGAGUUUUUGUGCACAACAUAUGUGUGUGACAAUGUAAUGGUGCUUUGCAAUGGGCGGGCUGUAGGUAUACAUAUGCAUUGUAUCUUAAAAUGCUGUGUUUAUAUGACGGAAACCAUUCUGUUAGGGUGGAGACCACUCUGUACUCCUCAGACAUUAACCAUUGUAUCACAAAGUCUUUGUUGCUCUGUAGUAAUUAUGAACUCUGUUUGUUGUUAAAGAGGCGGCAGUUCACUUUAUGACACUACCAGACACAGAUAAGACUCAGCGUGUCUCCUGGCCUAGUUCAAGAGGCACAAUAGUACUUCCCUAGGCAGUGCAUCAAACAAUGCAAAUCUUGAACAAUCUUAAAAGUGCAUGGAAAAAAUAAAGAAAGGAAAAAGGAGCAUUAAAGAAAAGAUGAGCUUUCGCAGGCCUUGUUCAGUUCAGUCAGACAACUAACUUUUUGGAAUAGUUUAAGAUGCUUCUUGCAGGAGAAAGGGAAUGAGUAUCUUUAUACCCCCUGAGCUGCAGCCUGGAGGAUACUGAGGAGGUGGUGAGGCUGAAAAUAUGAGGAUAACACCCAUGAAAUUAUGAGGAUUCCUGCAGCUGAAACAAAAUGCAAAGUUAAGAGGAUCUGUUUGAAAAGUGAUUGUGAGGAGUAAAGGCAGCUUGAGAUGCCUGGAACAGCCUGCGAUCAUGGCUCCAUUUAUCAAAGUGUAAAGACAUUCAUGCAAAAAAAAGUGUCAUAUGUUUGAGGCAAAUUUUUAUGACCAUACAUCCUCAGAAAUGUCUGUGUAAACUAGAAAAAUGGGACUAAAAUUUCAUGUCACAAUUUACCACAGUAUAUCUUCACCAGAUUUUAUGAGAGUCCAUGUGGAUUUGUGCCAAACAGACAAUUAUUCAAGUAGCAUUGACAAAUCAGUACAAUAUUUGCAUAUACUCAGUAACAGAAGUAUUUUUGCAGCCAAUUUUUAUGACUUUUCAAUGAACAAAAAAGUUCAUUUAUUUUUCUAAAACCUCUCCAAGUUUGGGAAUUGCUAUUUUUUAAAUCUCAGGACUUUUCCAGGUUUAUUUAUUCUCAUAUCAACCCUGAUUUUUGGUGUUAAAGGUAGAGGGUUUCACUGAGCAUCCAAAAUAUCCAGAGUCAAAUAAACCACUGAAAUGAUCAGGACACCUGGUUUAAAAAAAAUGCAUUUCUCUGUUUAAACACUGUCUCAAGACUGUGUGAGCAUGCCUACCUAUUAUUGGAUUGGCAUUUGACUGACUGAUCUGAUAACAGGUGUUUUGUAGCCCUUUUAUAUAAUGUUUAAAUCAUGUUUUUCAGAAUCAGAUGAUGCUUUGCAAUCAGGAUCAGCUUUGAGGCAUUAGCUCGUAGUGGCCAGAGAUGAACUCGCUCUGCCGAAGCUCAAAACCUGCUGCAAAAAAAAAAAAAAAUACUUACAGCGCACGAAACUCCAGCUGCUGAAAAUAGAUCAUAAAUGAAACCAUAAACAUCAGCCAUUGCUCCAUAUAAUGUCUGUUUAAGAUAAGAUAAGAUUUUCCUUUAAUAGUCCCAUGAGGGGGAAAUUCCUAAAAAGGCUAAAUGGCUGAAGUGCAUAGUGUUUCAAAUUUAAAUGGGAACUUAUUGUACCUCUUAAAUAGUGAAUGUUUUGGACUCAAAAACCCUUAUGGCUUCAUGGGAAAAAAAGAGGAGAGGUCCUAUUAAGACUAACUUAAAGCUCUGGUUGGCAACGUUCAGGUUGCUGAAAUGUUGGCACCCCCUGUAGCCGAGCAGUAUUUCUUAUUGUCUCUUUGGAAUAAAAAUCUGAUCCUGCUGUCUUUCAACAUGAGUGACAUGAUUUCAAACUCUGUUGAAAACUUCUCACAGCACUCUAAAAAAACCUUACAAAUGUUGAUGGAUGAACAGCUAAAAUUUCUUCACUUGAGCUCCACACUUUCAUGUUUUUUUCGUGACAGUGAGUUUAUGCAAUCAGCCGUCUGUGUAACGUCCCGUCAUACUGACCAUAACUGUUUAUCGUACCUUUGUAACAGUUUACGUUGCCGAUCUUCAGCAUAACUCCGGUUGGGAGAGUCAUUGUUGUGGGCUGACAGACUGCGUGGAAAUACAACCAGCGCUGUGUCAAACAGUGAAUUUACAGCAGCACACUCCCGGGCAUGUUUUACUUGUUUCUGACAUUUUGUUGUGGUUGUCGUGAUGGCCAAACUGGGGGUGUCUGGAAGUGAGACCGGCGAAGAGGCGGGAGGUCUCUAAGACUUUGUGAGAAAGUUUGUAUUUAAUUCCCAUUUCCUCUCAUUGUGUGGCGAGCUGGCCCGGCUCCACACGCACUGAUCCUUCUGGGCCCUGGGAGCUUAGGCAAGGGUGUCACUCACACCUCUUAAGACCCCUAAAUUACCCCUCUAAGACGUGUUACAAAACUCCAACCCAAUCUACCCCCUGAAUCCUGAUAAAGACAACCUUCCCAAGAAUGGAGAGUGAUCAUGUGUACUGAAUAACACCAGUGUUUGUGUUUGUGGGCAAAGUGCUUGAGGAUAGAGAGUGUAUGAGGUGUUGAAAUACAGAAACACAGAUUAGCAGAUAGCGCGUGAGCGUGGGUGUUAGUAGUCGAAUUAAAGGGCCCAGUUCUACAAAGUCGGAUAUCCCUUAAAGAUAAAAUGCUUUCAUGGACUUUGAUAACUCCGGUAUUAUUUCAUUGUGGUCUGUUUUCUCAAGCAAAGACAUUAAUAAAACAUUACAGUGACAAACUGGCAGGUUGGCAAAUUGUGGGGUCACGUUUCAAGACUGUUCUCCCCAGAAACACAACUUUACAGUCCGUCUUUAUAACCCAUACUUACUUUUACUGUUGGGCUGAAAUUUGGGUUAUUUUUAUUGGACAAUAAUCUGUCGAUCAGAGGAACAAUCCUCAGGCGUACACAGCAUCAAAAUUUGUGAGGAAUCAAAGUUUUCAAGGACCAUCAGAUACGCCUUUGAAACUGUUAUUUUGUCCAAACAGCAGUCUUAAGAAGCAGUAAAUCCCAAACAUUUAAAGCUCCUCUGAAGAGAUUUUAUCCGGUCAUAAAACAGCGACAAGAACUUUGUUUUAUAUAGAUGCCUUUUUAUGAUCUACAACAGCAAAUAAGACCAUUAGAACAAAGGCUGAUAGUUGCCAUGGUUAUUUUUCAUACCUGAUCAUGUUUCUAAAUACUUAUCAACAAAAACAAUGAACUACGUGCAGCCGAUUCAGGCUUUGUAAAGUUGGGAACAACACUUCAUACAUGACAAAAACAGUAAAUAGAGGCAGUACCCCUUUCUCUUCAGGGGUCUCCGAAACUGUUAGGAGCCUUAAGUUCCUCUCAGGACUUUUGAGAAACUGGACUCAAAUGCAGUUUUACCUGCCUUUAGUUUCCUACAGACUUUCACAGCGGUGUCAUAUAAAGUCUCACAGCCGCUCUUUUCAGAAACUGCGAGCCUUCUUUGCUGCUGGUGCGUCCACAGUUUCCACAUCACCAUCAGGAGUUAUAUUUUCCGUUACUCUAGACUGCCUUUCUUCCCGCUCUUCUGAGUUCAUGCUAGUUAGCUCUCUGUCACAUGACAAUGAAGUGCAGUGAAAAGAGGGAGUGAUUAAAGGCAUGUGUCAGCUAACCGCAGUCGGUGUUGAAAGUGAAGAAUGUCACUCUGAUGUGGAAAUGUCAGCGUUGGGUUGAACAGAACAGCAGUAGACAAUGAGGAACCCUAAAGUCCUACACAGGCAUUACUAAUCAACCACCGAUCGCUGCAUUGGUAAAUAUUUUUAUGGACUUGAACUAAUGUUUCCAACUACAUGAGCCCAGUCCUGUAUAAAUGUAUUUUAAUGAAGAUGAAAUAAUCCAGGACACGAAUGACACAAAGUGAGGCGUGUUUUCACUUCAACACAAACGAGACCUUUGUCUUCCUUACUUCCUGUCACUUUCCACUGGAUACUUUCUCACAGAGAGGAACUGCCAUUGAGGUAACCUUGAAGGAAACUUGCCACCAGCAGCUGGAUGGACACAUGGAGUGACGGGAAAUGAUCUGACAGUUGACUUAAAUCCACAGAAUCAGUCUGACUGCAGAGGAGGGGGCUUUCUUUGUCUCUUUAUUCACACCUGACAAACACAGUGGGCCUCACAUAUUGGAGAAACUUGGAUUCUUUGCAGAAUGACUUAAGGGUAACUUUAGAGUUGUACAUAUUCAGGGGUGGGGAUACUUUAAGAGACAAAUGAGUGUGGUUAGCUGCAAGAGGGGCAUGUGAGGAGAAUCAGGAUGAAGAGACGUAUGUGAGCCAGAGUGAUGAUAUGAUGUUAUUGUUAGUUAGCCAGCAUUUUCAGACGAUCAUUUCCUCGGUGCUAGGAAACGCUGACUUCUACAUGCUGAAUAAGCUCUCUGCAGCCGAGCAUACAUGAUACGAUAAAGGAAAUGUAAUGAUGGACAAGAGAUCGCAUUAGACUACAUUGGCAAUGGUGACAUGAGGUCAGAAUCAGCCUUAGGUAAGAGAGUUUAUUCCAAGUCUUAGUUUCUUUUAGAUGAGAAAAACAACAAUCAUGCCCAGUUACUUCAAAAUUAGACUCUUUGUAAGUGACAUACAUGAUGGUUUUCCAAAUAAAUUAACUUCUGGCUCCUAAAAAAACAACUCAAAUCUCGACUGCAGGUUUCAAACUUUGAGUCUCGGGUAGACUUCAUAAUGGACAUAACUUUGGUUAAAGCACAGUUGAAGGAAAGGUCUGUAGCUGUCGAUAUUUACACACAAUAAUUAAACAAAAGGAACCUUAAUAAUGGCUGAAACACGACUGGUUUAUACUCGAAAUCCAUGGUGUGUGUCCUGCUGUUCAUCUGCUCUCAUAUUCAACAGCAUUGAAUGUGUGAAGACAUCUUUAAUGUUAACGACUCCCAUGACGAUCGUCCUGCUAACUGGACAGAAGGACCACACACCUUGGCUGGUCACAGGCAUGAGUAAUGAGGCUGAGAAAAUGACUACAGUGUACCUACCUGUCCUGACUAAAAUACUGCUGCUGCUGCUGCUCAAAAGGCCAGUAGAUCAAUCUGUGACAUUUAUGUGUUUACUUCACAGUCUGCUGAUGGACAAAUUUAAACCUGAAAGUGUUGGACUAUAUGACCUUGAAAAUGUGUAAAUAUUUUGAGCUUUUUUGUGGUUAUUUAAACUCAGAUGUACCUGUAUCGAUAUUUUCACAAUGCAAUGUGAUGAUUUGUGCAGCAGAAGUGACCCCUUUAAGGCAGUAAAUUGUGUUUGCAUAAACAAAGCAGAGAGCUAAGAGAAAGAAGUCUAAAAAUUAAGUUUUUAAUAAGAUAAAUUAGAUUCUACAUUAGGCUCUCAUUAUCUGUUGCUUCUGCUGCUUAUUUGGAGUCAGGCAGUGAGGCAGCAUUUUUAUUAAGCUGCUCAAAUCAUCCCAUUUUCUAACCCACUCUGGGAAUCCUGAGGUGUCCCCAUACUAGACUGAACACAUAAUCUAGGUCUACCCAGGGAUCUCCUUUGAGUUCUGUGUCCAGAAAACCCCCCAAUGGUUGCAUCUGGAAGGCAUCCUUAUCAAAUGCCUGAACCACCUUAACUGGCUCUUUCUGCUGCAAGAGAGUAGCAGCUGUACCCAGUGCUCCCUGACCUGAGUCUAAGCCCCUGACCCCAUCUCUAAGACUUUGUAAUCCAGUCCUGAAUCAGUGAUCUCAUUCUUUUGUUCACCACCCAAACAUCAUGACCAUCAGUGAGGCUGAGACUCUACAUCCACUGGUAAAACCACAGUGACAUGUCUACAAAUGUUAUUAUCCAUUUUACCCUAAUUAAUGAACAAAACCCUGAGAGACUUGAAUUCCUGCGCUCUGAUCAGAGGCCUCUGACUGAAAGGAAACCUGUUGUAACCAAUUUUUACCUUUCAUUAGGUCAGCCUAAGACAUCCAUAGAAUAACUUUGCAUGAUUAGCAGCUUCACGCUUUGUUUUGGCUGCUUUUUUGCUGACACAGCUUGUGGGUGUUACUUUUUACACAGCUGUUAAGUCUAAAAACAACCCAAAUGUCUGAGACUAUUGAUAGUGUCCACGAUAACUCCCCUAUUAACCACAUAAGCAUACAUUACCUAUUGCUACCUGCACUUAUAAUGUAACUUACUGCUUAAUGGUAGGUCUUUAAAGAUGAAAAAUUCCCAGAUUUCAGUGAUAACUGACAAGCAUACCCAGUUUGCACUGGUCUUUGUAUGAGAGAGUAAUGAGUGAAGUGGCACAAACAGCUCUGUGGUGACUGAUGUCCUUACAUUCAUAAAAACUGCUCACAGUUUUCCGGUACCUUCAUGUUUUGGAAGAGAAAAUAGCUUCGACUGUCCUUCACAUCCAAAGGGACAAUUACAAACAGUUUCCUGAGACAAACUGAAUCAACAAAGUGCGAAAGCUAGGAUAAGAUGAGUAAUAAAAGGCAAGGAUAUCAAACAGUGACAUUGUCAUUCAGACUGUGUUACAGUACAGAUCAACACAAUAUGUCUUUUUUUUAAAGGUGCUGAUCCUCUUCCAAGGAACUUCGCACUUGGCUGCAAACCACCUAAAUGCCUGCUGGUAUCAGACCCAUACCUGACUAUUUUCGGCACAUUUGGGGCUAAAAUGAUCUCAACCUAGUCUCAAACUUCAAGAAACUUCCACUGUUACUGUGAUUUAAGGCUAAUUUAGAGCUUUAGAGAAGUUUUGUCUCUUGAAGGCACCAAUUUCAAUGAAUAGAAGUACACAGGUUUUGGAUGUGUGCUUAGCAAAGUCCUACCCUUACCUUGGCACGUGUACUACUCAGAAAUUUUAACAGGUAUGAAGCAACAUGUUCCAAAACUGUCUUUUCCUGUCCAUUCAUCAGCCCCACACUGGAAAAAUAAAUCAAAAACACAGCCCUGAGUUGAGGCACAGUGACCCCCCACAGACCUCAGUCUCCCAAUCUGCCUCCUGGGGUGAGGCUGGGGCACUGGACAUGAGGACGGGGUGAUCUGGGUCCAUCAGCAGAUACAGAGCAGAGUGACCCUCUUGUCACAAACCAAACAAACUCAACAUGUAGUCAGGGGAUGUUGAUGGAAGUCGAUGUUGUACACAUCACUGACCUUGCACAGGUAGAUGUACUGUACACACACUCAGACACACACACCUCAUUAUGGGUGUUAUGGAAAGACUCUGGAUCAGACUGAGGAAGUCCUAAUCAAAACAACAUGUGGUCGACCUCUUGUGCAGGUUGACAAAAAAAGGGGGGCUGACUAAGGUUCCCUUCAGAGCAGGAUCAGGUGGGAAAACAUGAUAUCAGAUGGUCAGUCAUUUUAUCUGGCUCUUUUUUGAUCAAAGUUUGGUUUCAGUCCAGUUAACAGCUAGAGACCGUGUGAAAAAGGUGGAUGGAGCCAAAGUAUUGUCUUUUUUUUUGAGGACUCAGUAUUGAAUUUUGGUAUUUUAGCUGUCCAAGUUAUUUAUUUUUUAUAGUAGCAGAAAGUUUUCUUAAGAUGUUACAGACAGGAAGAGAAACUCAGAUUAUAUUGUUACCAUGUCUUAUCGUCGUGUUCAAGAUAUUAACAUAGAAACCUCAAUAAUCUGACAAAUUGUGGUUGUUUCAAGUAAACAUUAAACUGCGUAUUAACUAAAAUAAAAUCACAGCUAGCGUUAGCAUUCAUCCACAUACAAUGUUAAUGCUAGUCUGUUACUAUGACAACUGCCUAAAAUUUGGAAUAGACAACAGUAAGUGUGGUCACUCCUUCAACCACAACACUGGUGGUUAUACCUUCAAGUAGCAACCUCUAGUCUUGAGAGUGAAGCCAAUGCAUAAGUGCUAAAAACUGCAGUUCCUCUAGUGUCCACUUGAGGCUGGCCCCAAAAGUGAUGGAAGCCACAUACACACCCAUUCAAAAAAAGGUCAAUUUUCAAUAACUGUUUUUGGAAGAUAUAAAAUGACUAGUUUCACAUUAUCUAUGGCACAGCUGACUUGACUGAUGGGUCAAGACUUCAUGGCCUUCGUCCAUGUUUUAUAGUCUAUAAAGCCAUAAUCUCAAGUAGUUCAUCAGCAGUUUCUUUGAAAUAAACACGCAAAUGGUAAAUGAAUUUGUAAGGAUAAAAAAAGUGGUGGAGGUGCAAUAGCAGUUGUAUUGAAGCUUAAACCCCUAAUGUUGAUGUUACCAUACUUGGACGAGGCAUUGUAAAUAUACUUCUACUCCUCUAUUAUGAAGGGUAUAAGAGGAAGGCCUCCGGUGAAGACCCUGUUGAAGUGUUAGAGAGUAGCUGUCUUUCAAAUGACUAGAAGGGGCCAACUUCAUUGGUUACGAUUGAUAAACAGAAAUAUAAGAGGAUGAAAACAGGUGGUACCACGACCCAACUUCUUGUCGUAGUUUAUAUGUGAAUGACUUUUCCAUAUACAGUAUUGGACCUUAAUUAGGAUUAUAUUUUACAUUAUAAUCAUUGUAAGUUGUUGAACAAGUUUUACAACUUACUCGUGACUCUAAAGUCAUAGAGAAAGUUUACUGAGGUAAUGGAUCAAGAGAGAAGGGUUAUUGUCCUAUCUGGUUUCAUAAAAGUAGACCUCUUUUUGCAACCAGUGGCGUCUCCCAUUGCUGGCCAAAUAAAUAAAGCAACUUUAUGAGGGCUUUUGUAUUGGCAUCAUCUUAAAUUUCAGAGGCUACAUCCACUUCUUGUCAACGGUCAUUAGUUAUCACUCCGCUGGAAAGUUUUUGUAAUAUCAGAGUAAAAACUGAGUCAAAAAUAAACGUUAUUUUAAAAGUUGCCAAAUGGUCAAGUAAACAAAAGGAAAUAUUGGCACAAAAACACGCCAAAGAUAGCUUCAUGGGUUUUUUGCGGGAACUGCUGCAAAUGAGAGUCUGUGUUUUCCAUCACUAUUACCAUGUAAUUUGGUGCCGCUAAACCUAAUUACAGAAAUAGAAUAUCUCUCCCAUCAGAACGUGGAUAUCAAGGAAAUUGUGCAAAGGGAGUGGUACAACAUGUCUGUGGAAUAUUACAGGCGUUUUUGAAGGAAGUUGAAUAACACCCUGGGAGUGCAGUGCUGAAAGGCAGAAAAAUGCAAAGAGCAGAGAUUUUGUGCGAAUGCGCCUCGAGACUGAAGUCACGAAGGUCCCGGAAGUACGAUUCAAUGUGGUGUUACCUGGGGAAAUGAUGUGAGAUGAUACAUUAAAAUGAUAAAGUGAGCCAGGCUGUGUUUGAAGACAGAGUUUAAAGCGCUAUAGAGAGAGAGAAGAGAGAGAUGGAUGAGCUGUUGUUGCAUGUCCAGAGUGUCCAGAGAACUUGAGCCAGAUUCAGGAAGAGGCACUGCUGCUGGAGGCUGAUAUGUGUGUGAAGGAAGUGGAGGGAGCGCAGGGGCAGGAAUCACCCUGCAGGCAGGAAAAGGCCUGUGGAGGUGGUGGCGGGGGUGGAGGUGGAGGGUCUGGGCUCCUGUCUGAUAGCUGUUUGCUCAACUCACACACAGAGAAAUACACACUUACACACUCACACAGUUCAGAGUUGAUGAAGGUUCUCGUUCCCAUAAGUGUGAAGGAGGUGGGACACAGCGAAAAAAAAAAUCUGGGUGGCUGCUGGUGCCAAAGCAUGCAAACUUGCACUUAGUGAGGAAGUUGGUUUAAACAUUUUCUGACAUGCAACAGAGCCGCUUAGCAGACAAACCUCCUGACAAGCGCAGGCUAUUGUACUUUGUUUCGGUGAGAAAAACUGGAUCAUGGUGAAAAGAGGUUUGAAGGUUUUGGUGUGCAAUUGUCUUAAUCAUUCACCGCUUUGGUCCACCCUUAAGCCUUCGCGGUUUCCCCCAUUUUAUGCAAUUAUCACGGAUCUAAGCCAAAACAUGGAGUGUAAAAAUGGGUUAAAGGUGGGAACACUCACUCCUUCUGGUGCUUUCAAAGGAUUCAGGCAAACAGAAGUCAACAAACCACGUGUUGUUCAAGUAGAUAAGCCGAAUACUUGUGACUACUGUGCCAUCUGUGGUUGAAUUAUUACGUUACAUACCAAAACAAUCGCCAAACAUGUUAGCAAGAGGCAUACUUUGACGAUAAAUACACCCAAGACUUCAUGGCUAUUUAUCUUUCAUACAUUCAACACAGCAGCUUCAUCUUUUAUCAUCUUUACUUCUUCUGUCAAGGUUUUGUUUACAACCUGGCUUCCUAAAACGGAUUAAUGCAGGUUAAAACUCAAUGUGUAAGCUGUAAGGCAUGUGCAAAGCUCCCAGGCUAGUUUAAGUCUGAAUGAGACGUAUACAUGGAGGAGAAAAAUAAUCCUUGACCGCAUUUAUUAUCUAUUUUAAAGGUCCGGUUUCAGUCAGACUAAUGUAAUAAAUCAAAUUUUUAAAAAUGUAAACAUCUUGACAGUCUCAUUUAUAAAGAAUAUAGAAAGAGAUUAACCAAGGGCAGCUUCUCACUGUUCAAUACAUUUUUUUAUAAUAUAUAGUUGAAUGUUUGAGAAAGGACUCAAAUGAGAAUUUGUUGCGUGUUUACUUUCAUGUCAUCUGUAGUCAGUUAGCUUUCUACCUUGUAUCCACUUAGAUGUAUUGAUUACGAGUUCUCUAAUUGUUGCUUUUUCUCUCCAACAAAAUUGCUGAUUAACAUAAGCUAACAAAAAUUGCACUGUGAGGUUUCUUCCAGUAUCAUUCAGCAGUUUUGAGCACUCUUUUCAACAAGCCACAAUACACAGCAUCGCUGUUAAAGCUCCUGUGAGGAACUUUUGGUGUGUGUAAACCUUGGUGCCCCCUUGUGGACAAAGCAAUCUUUGCUUAUUUUGUCCCCAAGUAGCAACUGGCUGACUUUUGAUAUCCUUUUUGCUUUUUGGUAUCAUGAAAAAGGCAUGUAUGUAAAUUUUAAGUCGAUUCUAUUAGCAUAAAAAAAUUCCUUAUAGGAGCUUUAAUUAAAACAAAAUAAUCUGAGUUUGAAUGUUGCUGUAUAAGUCAGGAAAUGGGAGGUUAUCUGAGUACACAACUCUUCAAAAUAAAUGAGUUUAAAGCCCCAUUUAAAGCCCUUUUAACACCUUUUGUAGUAGUAGUAGUACACUUCAUUAAAAUAACAGGAAAGGUCAUAUAGUCUCCAUUCUUUCCUCUGUAAGCAAAUUUAUAUUUUUAAACUAGGGCAGAUCCUGCAUUAUAGACCUGGUUCCUGUGCUUAUCUUUUAGCAUUAGUGUGAAAAAGCUGUUUUCAAGUGUUCUUGUGGCUUCCUUCCAACAUCCUCUUACCUACCAACCUCUGCACAAGCAGCCAACAACAAAAUGUGAGCAAAGGUUUCUAGCUGAAUCUUGAACACCCCAGAAUAAUUCCCUCCUGUACAUGCAGACUGGUGCCCUGCAAAGAGAAAUGCAGAUAUGCAUCUCAACUCGGGGCCAAACCUUAAAAGGUAGCGUUAGUUGAUCUUGUCGUAUCACCAACACAUGAGACGUUUCGCACAAAUUCCUCACUGAAUCCUGCAGCACUCUCACUUUUUGCAUAAAUAUUCUAACAGAAAUCACAGAGGGAUUAGAAAAAUUCACAGUCGGAUCGUAUUAAAAAUGUAUUGACUCUACAUGACUCUCCCUAAGUUAGCAGAUUUAUAUAAACCGAGCAGAGGUACUACACAGUGAGUCAACACAGAGGGUGUGUUUUUGUGCUUAUGGGAGCGUUUUCUGAAGCAACUUUAUCAGUCAGCAAACUGUUGGAGUGAGCUCAUACAACCAUGACACCCAAAACAAAUACAUAGGUGAUGUAUGCUACUUAUUAACAAGACAUUUGGAUAAAUCAUUUUCCUCACAAAGGCCAUGAAACAUUAACCCGAAGAUUCUAGUUUUGGUUUUUAGAUGCACAAGCAGGUCCGUUAUGUAGCGCAGAGUGAAAAAGCAAAAUACACAUUUGUGAACCUUCAGAGAAAGAAACUGGAAGCCUUACAGAUAGUUUCCAGCUCUCCUCCCUAAACAGUAUUACACCUGCAAAAGGUGGCACAAGCUCAAGCCAAACAAACACAGCCUGAUACUUUUCCCGAUGUGCGUUUGAGCAUAAUGAUCCACUGCUGAGCGCAUGGAGUCAGGAAACGGUUCUAUUAAAUUAAAUUAAAUUAAAAGAAACUUGAAUAAGGGUUAUGUUGAAACUGGGACAUCAUAGCAGCAGAAUGGAGGACGUGCAGAAGGAGAAAGGUAAAACCGGCCUGGGUUUGCAUGCAGAGGCACAUGCUGAUUAAUAAGAUUUAACCUGAGGGGAGCAUUUUACAUUUAGCGCAUGAGUCAUUACAGCUAAAGACCACUUAGAGAAUAAUGUUGAAUUGAAAUAAAAUGGCAGCUGUGUCGUUAACGGAUCCCCAGAUUUAAAGCAGAUGUGAAGGGAGCUUUACUCACAUUAUCACAUUUCCAGAUGGAGGCCACGUAACGGACUCACAAAAAAAUCUGAACAAUGUGCAACCAUCACCUUGUAAAGUUCACACUCAGGUGGCUGAUAAUCACAGCAGGGAGUUAGUGAGAGGCGUGACAAUGAAUCCAGUCUGCUGAACGCCGUGGGUCGCCUCUUAUUGAUACUCAAUGCCCACUCGCAGGCUUGUUUAUCACACGGCUCUUCCUAACACCAUCCAUUGUUUCGGACAAUGCGACACGUGUUGUUAUUUCCCCCCUUCUCAAAAGAAAAAAGUGCGAGUUUCCCAUCUUUCCCACAUGAGGGGCCUUGAGCUCAGACCCCCGCCACUGUACAAGGAGGACAAACAGUAAACAUCCAGCAGUGGAAGAAGCAGGGAAAGUCCCAGCUCGCCUUUAAAGGUCUGGGUCUCUAAGUGCCUCAAAGUCUUGACUUUGACCUUCAUUAUAUUUGUUGACAAGAUUAACAGUAACAUGAAAUAUGCUCAGAAGUGCUAUCUUUGCUAAUAUAUCGGUAAGACCUUGGUGAAGUGUAAUUUUCUUUUUAUUUGGACGUUGAUUGGACUGUAAAAAUCAUCAGGAGACAUCACAAAGCAAAGUGAGAGCAGCUGAUGUUUGAGCGAUGAUUUUUCUUCCAGCUCCCAGUGUUCAUCAAAUAAACAUUAGGUCAUUUUUCUUUUUGUUUUAAGUCCUGUACGAGCCGUCAUUUUGACACCUAAAAGUUUGUUUCUUUUGAACAAAGAGGAGGAAUUUUCCAGGUUACAUAAGGCAGUUUAAUUGGACCACUGUCCUUGUCCCAGUUUAUAGGAAACCUGAAAAGAAUCGAAUUAUAGACAGAAGCCUGUUUGCCUCUGCUACAGUAAGUGGAAAUAUGUCUUCUUUCAUUUCAUUACUACCAGGUUUUAUGUAGAUUACCAAAUACCAAAACAAUCAACAAAAACAUUAGCAAGUGGCUAACAGGAUGUACAUUGAGCUAUGAAAACACCAUUUCUUUUACGACUGUUUUUUGUUCAAACAAUAUGACAGUUUUGUCUUUUUUUGUCCUCAUCUUUCGUUUUGGGCGAUUUCAGUUGCUACUCUGUUUUCUAGCCAAGCAUUUUUGCUUUUCAACUCCCUGUUGUGUGAACUCCGGAGCAUUCAAUCCAAUCCAUUUUAUUUAUAUAGCAUGAUUUAAGCAAAUGCAAGGUUUCCAAAGUUCUGCACAGCAGGAUUAGACUACAAUAAAUUACACAAUGGAAGCACAAUAGAUAAGGUAAAAAUAAAAUGAGACAAGACACAGUAAAACCAAAUAAAAACAAAAAAAUAAAUUAAACCAAUAAAAUGAAAUAAAGGAACUGAACACUAAGGACCAGUUUGAGUCUGAUAGAUGCAUGCACAAAGAAGAGAAAAUCAAGCCCCUUUUGCAUAAUCUAGGUUUGUUAAUCCGAUCAUAAAACGUUUGAAUUAGUGCGUUUUCAGUCAGACUCAUGAGUUUACAUGUAUUUUAAAAGUCCAGUUUCAGUCAAAUUACAGCAAUUUUCUGAGCAUGUAAAUGUUCUGACUGUGGUCUGUACGGUCAAAUGAUCUGAAUAAUUAAAUACCAACAUGUAGCUUUUCCUUUUACAGCAUUUCAUAUCUGUACCUACACAUAAUGAUCUUUCUUUUUAUGCAGUUUCUGUUUUUGUUUACAGUUUUUUAAAAAAUAUUUUUGUGUCAGUGUCCCUCCUUUUCCUACCAUUUUCUGCGACCCCCUUGUUGACCUCUAGUGACCCUUCCCGAGGGUCAGGACGCCACUCAAAGAAACACUGAGUUUACAUUAUCUUCACUUAUCAUAUCCUAUUAUAUUAUUAAACUGGAAUAUCAGGAGUUGAUUGGAUGCCAGCAUUAGUUGUCAUCAAAAUAAAAAAAUUUGUCCAUUGUUCUAUUUUUCUUUUUCUGACUUGCAACCUGCUCAAGUCAAAACAAUCUGUUUGUCUCACUCCAACUCUGACUUUUGGAGUCUGUUUCAGCACAUCUAUUUACGUCUUAUUUUCUGAUCACUGAUGGGGCCUUUUGUUAAAGAUGCUGAGUAGAUAACAUGACAGAGAUAACAGUCCAACAGUCAGCAAACAGCCCCUGUUAUCUACGUUAGGAAACCCCAGUGCUUCUUUCAGCUGAUGCUGAGUUAUCAUUUUACUGUCCCAGCCCGUCCUCAUCCCUGCCAUCUGCCCUAAGACAAGCAGCUGAAGCAUCCUGAGCUUAGGAAGGAGGGAGGACAGAAGGAAGAGUACGAGAGGAAGAUGUUAAAGAUGCACAGAGCUCUGUCCAGCGGUCAGGAAGUGGCCCUAUUGUUUUCAGGGUCACCUCGCUUUUCCUUUCAGUGGUCUGUUCUCUCCCCUCGGGCUGUACGUCUUAAAUAAACAAACCUCCUUGUCGCCACUCGCUGUAUCUUGUCUGAUUUCCUCCCACAUGUAAAAAGGGCUGAGAAAAGGGUUUACACUGUAGAUAAACACAGCGAGGUGUGGUGCCUGGCAGACAUACAAACAAAACUGGAGAAAGACGCUCACACAGCAGAUAUCAAACAAGACCAUUUGACUACUCACUGAAACCGUUUCUACUCUAGUGUUUGCAGAGUAACAGGUUGAACUGGUUGCUUAUGGUCUUACAUGUAAACACACAGCUGCGGUUGAAAUAUGACAUGGUGUUUAUACUCUUCCUGGUCUGAGUGACAGCUCUGACCAGGUCUGCCGCGUCAUUGGUCAGAGAGGAGCAGCGGCGGGCGGGAGGCAGGGAGCACACCUUAGUUACAAAGUCAAUCAUUAACUCUCCGUUCUGGGAAGCUGCUGCAGAGCACACCUCUUUCAACCUUUGCACAACAUUUCUCCAUUUUACACACAAAGCAAAAGAAAAUGUUGAGGUGAAAUGUGAGAGCUAGAAGAGGCUACACAGACAGGUGAACAGGUAAGACCAGGCUUUAUUAGCUUGUAGGGAGACUGGGUUACAUUGAUUAAAUAUCAUAUCUUGACUUGUGUGGUGGUUUGAAGUUUAUCUUGUUCAACCACACUCCUGUAAGAACCAAAUCCUGAUUUAGAAUAUGGUUUGAACUGAGCUAAAAAGCCCAAAUACCCCGAUGUAAUCGAUCAAUUCAAUCCAUUUGCAUCAAAAUUAACUAAUUUAAAUCAUUAUUUGAGUGUUUUUAUUGCUAGUUUUUGCUGCUGUUUAUUGCAGCUGAUAAAUCGAACUCUUGUAAGAAACAAAAAGUGGUUUUAUUUGGAUUUGCUGCCUGACAAACGGACUCUUGCACCUGUUGCAUGUGGGCCACUUGCUGUUUUCACUCUAAACACUCUCACGCUGAAUUACACUUGUUUAUUAUCUUUUAUACCUGCUAAAAUAGACACAUUCAGGCUUACAGGUAGAGAAGCCAAGAGCUGAAGCCAAUCUUUGAGUAUUAAUGGUCUUAAUUUGCGGGUUAUGAGCUGGAAGUGGUUGGCUAUUGUCUCUCUGUUGACACUGCCAUUAUUCCAGCGCUGAAAGGCAGAACAAACAUGUUAGUUUAGGGCUUAAGCGAGCAUGCCCCUUCCUUGAAUUUAAAGAGGAACUUUACCAGGCUGGUUAAUAUUCGGAUAUGUCGUUUUUUUAGUCUAAGAUGUUCGUAUGGGUUUGAUUUGGGGUGUCGGAGUUCAAUCUUCUUCAUAAACAAUGUCUCUGCCGGCUGUUUUUCAACUCAACGCUCCCUCAGACAUGAUGCUAUUAUCCUCCACAAACAAUGGCACAGCCCAACUCCUCCGCACAUUUUCAAGGCAAGACACAAAUACACGUCUUGGCAGAGGGAUCAGAGGAAAAGAGGGAGGCUCGCUGCAUGUUGCUCGUGGAUUAUUGGGGUUUAGGUCAAGUGAAGGACGGCGCUUUGAUUUUCUGUGAAUAUCUGUGAUUAUUUGAGCGAGAGAGGGGGACGUUUGCUUAGACAAGCAUGAUUUGUUAUAAGAGGCCAGUAAAAUUUGAUGGUGUGGGAGGUUUUUAAAUUGUGUUUGAUGUCAGUCCAUUACUUUUUUAUGGAAUGAAGUGGGGAAAAAAAGUAAUGCGGUGAAAGAUAUAGUCAAAUCAGGUAUGUCAAGGUGAAAAAAGAGGGCUUAUAUCGUACCAAUUUUCAAUUUAAGUCCUGCAGAACUCCAUGAAACUGAAAGAAGUUAUGUUCUUGUGUUGUAGUUUAUUCAAAGGAGGGUAAAUUCAUGUAAUGUCAGCUAAAACAAGAGAAUUAUGUUCUUGUAGCUGGUCUGCAUAAUAUAGGACAUCUUGAACGAGAUAAUGUUUACGUCAAAAGUGAGUUGUUUUCAACCAACUGGGUUAAGAGGCCAGAUCUCUUUCAAUGGAUUACAAGAUAACUCCAGUUUUCUGGGAUGAUUAACAGACAAGAAAGCAGAAAACAAAAACAUUGUGCUGCAUGAAUCUGAAUUGAUUUUUAUUUUUAUCUUCCCUUUUCUGAUAAACUAUUCAACCAUUAACUCCUCGAACGAUCCAGACAUUUGGAGAAACCAUCAGAAGCCAUAAAAAUCAACAAGAGGCCUCAAUCGAUGAACAAAACACACUUUGACGAGCCUUAACCACAGAUUAAACAGACAGCCAAUGACUUCCAGCCACUCAUAAUUUCAUAAAAAACAGGACUGUUUGAGGGAGUGACAGCUGCUCUGGACAAACACUGAGAGCAAGUGGCUGAAACUGUUGAAAGGUUGUGUUUUUAUUGGGUUUAGGCACAGAAACCUCUUAGAAAGAUUGUCUCGCCUAAAGCAAUCCAUGUCCAUUUGGUGGUCUGAACCCUUGCAAAACACCAACGUGAUAAAUUUGGGAUAAUAUUGAUUCGUAUCUUUAUCUUUGCAGGGAGGAGAAACUCUCUAUUAGUGGGCAGAAACCAUGAGCAGAACUCAACUCACGUUAGACAGCCAUCUGCACAGAUAAUACAGCGCUAACAUUUAUGAGUCUGGUGAUUUCUCUUUGUAAUUUACUCUUGUGUGAAUAUGACAAUUGUGGCCAACUAAAGUUAACCCUAUGUAUCCCAGGCAGGGACAAAAACUAGAGAACUAGAUAUAACUCUAAAACAGGGGUGGGAAAUCAUGUGCCAUGAAGGGCCAAGAGGCUGCAAGUUUUCUUUCUAACUCAAAACUCCACCAGGUGAUUUCACUGAUUAGUCCCUGCUCUCUGCUUGGAGGUAAUCAGUGAAAUCACCUGGUGGAGUUUUGGGUUGGAAAGAAAACUUGCAGCCUCUUGGCCCUUCAUGGCACAUGAUUGCCCACCCCUGCUCUAAAACAUUCCCACUCAGCAUUUUUUGGUUUAAAGAAGGUCUAAUAGACGUCUAAAUGUAGCCUAGAUGACUGAUCUAAAAUCAGGCUACCUCAGGUCUAAAAAUGAAAUUUUUUCAGACGUCUAAAUUGAGACCAAGUUAAGACUAGCCAGCUAACAGAGGUCUAACAGUAUAUUGCUCAACGGCUAUCAUAAUUAUUUUGGUUAAGUAGUCGGAGAUCAGUUACGCAACUCACAGUUCCUUUUUUAAAUAAAUAGUUAUCAAAUAAUGGGUUAAAGUUAAACAUCUAAAUUGCGUCUAAAAAUACACCGAAUCUAGACGGUUGGAAUUGGGUCUGAAAAAACUAGACGUCUCAUAGCUGUCUAUUGCUCAGUGGGUUUACAGUAAAGAAAUGUGAAAAAAGCUGGUAAAUAGGCAACUUCCAGUUCUUAAAAAGCCGUCAAUCAUCUCACAGAUAACUACUUAAUUCAAUGCUGUGGAUGCUUUAAAGUCUGGCCUAUUAUAUCGCUUAAGAGCUCCAACAGAGCAGUCACCAUACACAGCAUACCGCUCAGUAAAGGUCACAAUGAGCUGCUUGAACAUUCAUCUUAAAUGGACGUGUGUUUGUGAGGUCAAUAUCACCACAUCAUUUGAAUGGGGCUUUAUUAAAUUUCAGAUCAUACAUUUCCUCACAGUUCAAAGGAAAGAGAUCGUGCUCCAUAGGCGGAGAGUAAUUUGGAUGUUUAAUUCAGUUUGAUGACAGAAUGAACAUUUUCCACCCUUUGGCCAUCAUUAGUGUCUGUAAACUGACGCUCAACUCACACUGUGGAGCGCUGAAACAAAGAGUGACUGAGAAAAAACUGACUGGCUUUGGGGGUGAUAUUCAAACACAAGCUGAAGAUGCAAAUGAAGCUUCCUCCAUGUGCUGUUUCACAUACAAACUUAAACAAAUGUACAGUAGAGGCACACAGUAGAGCGCACAAACUCUACCACAUCCAACACUCAUGGAUUUCUUGCUCCCAGGCUCCUCUCUCCCACUGCUGCCGGUCCUGAGCUGCUUGGUGUGUAUAUUUUGUUGUGCUUCGCCUGUGUGAGGACAGAACAGGAAGAGAUAAAGGCGGCCCUGUCAGUGUGUUUACAGCCAACACUGCAGAGGAGAAUAGCUGUAGAAGACGAAGAGGAAGAGGCCUAAUGGCCGGCGCUAAGCAGCUGGAUCCCUCUCGCUGUGAAAAAUCACCUCAGAGCCAAGAAAGCGGGAAAAAAAAGGGGGUACACAAAACCUAAUCUAGACGGCAACAGACGUAUUCUUCAGAUUAGAGAGCGAGGGUCGACAAAGUCAAAAAGUCUAUUUAGCAACAUAAUUCAAGUCACUUAAAAAAAGAGAAGCUAAAUUAUGAUUUUUAGUUUCUUUCCUCACAAACUGCUGGAUUAUAAUAAUGAACUGGCUGGUUUUUGACCUUAUUUCCCCUCUCAGUGUUUGUGAUUUGUAGCUUCAUAUUUAGCUAAACCGUGACAGAAGAUUUACUCUUCUAAUCCAGCAUAUACCGUAAAUGGAAAGAGGAUGAUAUAAUUAGACCUAAGCAAGAAAUGACAGAUAUAAAUUUGUGUAGAGUCUCUGUUCUGUUUGUUGCAAACAUGCUGCCAGACGUUCAAUCGAAAGAGAGCAAACAGGGACAAGAAAUAACUUUUAUUUUAAAACUUUUAAUUACCGUUAUCUACAAAUCAUGAAAUCUUAGCCUUAAAAACAAAGAAACCAAUCAGUACAUUGGACAGAAAGAGGGAAAAUAUGACCAGUUUCCUUCAAAGUACAGUCGGGAUACAGUAAAUAUCUUUGCUGUAACCAGUGAGAAAACCUGUAUGCAAAUAUGGAGCAAAUUAAGCUUCAUUCAAAGGUCCUCAGUCUCUGAAACAAAAGCUCUCUGUUAGAGGGAAGGUUCAUAUUUGCAUUCAGCACAUCAGUGAUGGUUUUUAAUAUUAACACACCGACGACUGCAAGACCAAGUAUGUUCAGAGGAAUAUACAUGAGGCGACGGAGAUUAAAACCUGAACUGUAAGAGAGGACAUGAUACAACCUGCUGUGUUUUCUGAGACAAAAGUAUCAUUAGAGGAUCAAUAACACCGGCAUAAUGUCUACGCUACAUACAGUUAGCUUAGCCUAGCCACAAAGAGGAAACAGAACAUACAGCCAGUCAGUCUGGCUUUGUCCAACAGCGACCACUCCUCCGCUAAGUACCUCUAAUAUAGUACAACCUAAAUGUUUUGUUGAAUGAAACUCAAGUGCUGAAAGGAUAAAACGGAUGUUUAGCUGUUUGUCAAGUUAUAAGGAAUAGUUUGCAUCCGUAAACAGCUGCAGGCAAACAGCUAAGACCGUGGGAAACUACAGGUUACUUGAGUUUAGUAUGAAAAACUAUGAAUGAGUUUGACUUCUGCUGACUGAAGACUGACUUAUAUAAUCUAAGACUGUUUCUCAAGUUUAAAUGUGUUUGUAGCUUCUGUAUUUAGGGAAACUGCAGAGAACUGAGUCAGAAUCUCCACAAAAUACACUCGGUGUUUUGUGUCAGCUCAGCCCACAGAGGAAGGUCCUCCAGUGUGUGUGACGUCCUGUUUGCUGCACACUUUUCCUGUUGUGGGUGAUAUCCUCCUGAGCUCCUGACAGCUUGUUCUCAAUUACGACUUCUGGAUUUCAGAGGGAUCCAGGCAGCGUCUCCUCUUUUAUGAUGACACUCUCACUCUUCAUACAUACUAAGUGAAAUAUUUAGGUCAUUCGAUUGUUCGUGCUCUUUUUCUGUGUGGCUCUGUUAUAAAAUAUGCAUUUACUGGCACAAAGAGUCAAAAAGGAUUCAACGCUGUAAUGCAUGUGGGAUAUGGGCCAUAAGGGCUUUGUAGAGAGCUGAUAUUUCAUAAUUUUUCUUUUUCUUCGUGGGGGACUGUGUGAAAUGGAAUCAUUCAUCCAGUUUGACUCUCUCUCUCUCUCCUCUUUCUGCAGCCUCUUCCACUGCAGCGAGAGGACGCUGGCUCACAUUUCCACCCUCGCAGAAACACUGCUGCCUUCACCUUUCAUUUGCCUCUGAUCUGAUGACUCUCCUGUCACUCAACCUUGCCACCUAGUGGAGCUCAGAGGGUUUAACUCCCUCCUGGUCAACAGAAAUCUUCCAGACGACUACCUCCCUCAUCUGGGGAGAUGCCUGCCCUGCAACAUUCCCCUCAGAUCCAAUCCAUGUUUUGGAGAUGAUGCAACAAAAAGCAUCUUUGCACCUCAACAAAAAUCACUAAGCAUUAAAUACUUCUCCUCAGCUCCGGUUCAUAAUCUGUGGUUUCACCCUGGGGUUUAUGGUGCCCCAAAGCAGGCGAUAGCUUUCAUCCAAGCAGAGGGAAAAUAAGCCACACAGGACAAGUGAUCCCCCCUGUAAGAGACUGAAAAACAAAAGCAGAGCCAGAUGGAAUUACUAUCAAAUGUCACACAAGCUACAGCUACGCCAGCAGCAACACAAAAUGGUAAGAAAUCAGUUUAAUAGUCACAAACAAAAUAAAUGCACCCUCUGAAAAAUACGCUGUAAGGCUUGCCUGGUGGGAUUGAAAUGGCUGACAGAAUUAAAUGUCAUUAUUAUAACAGAUUCAUUUUGGAUGAGACUCAUUUCCCUCUCUUUCAGACACUUUGACAAAUGAGAAAGGCAGAUAUACGUCUCACAACUGGGAGUUCCUGGUGGCUGUCUUGGUCACGGCCAUCUCUGUCUCCCUCAUCAUGGCUCUCAUAGCUAAAUGUCAGGUGAUCCGGCGUUACCUGGCCAGCUACAGGCACACACGGCUGAUGGAUAUAGAGACUGUGAGCCAUGGUGAUGCAUCAGGUUUGUUUUUCCAUCCAUAACGCGUUAAAUAUGGUAUAUGGUAUUCCCAUUGUGAAUUUAAUAUCGAUUCAGACUAUCUUGGAAUUGAUCGAUCAAACAGCUGACUCCCUUUACUUUAAGUUGUUGAUUUCAAUAUAACAUUUCAAAUGAAAAGUUACCUCCUACUCAUACCGAUUCAUGCACAAGAGAGCCUUCAAGGAAAUUGUUUGCAGACAUCUGUAGAGGGCGCUGUCUUUUUUUUAACAAUGAAAUUCUGGCCACCUAUUAAUCCAGCACAAGCAGCAGAGUCCUCCCAUCACUCCUGUUACUCACCAUUGUGUUGAUUCCCUUUAGACUUCAUUUGGAUUGACUGUACUGUGUGUUUGCCUGCGGCUUUAGUUGAGUAAAUUUGAUACUUGUACCACAUUCACGUCCGGCUGUUUUCACUGUGCCGCCAAACAGGGGCGUGACGAGACUAAACAUGGACACGGAACUCAGCUGAGAGGAUCAGUUUGGGUCUAAUCUACCAAUCUCAGUCAGUAUAAGGCCAUUUUCCAGAUCCAAUUUCAGUAAAUAAUUGGUGUAUUGAUAUCAUUAAAGCCUGAAAUAAGUAUUUUAGUGUUUUUGGAAAAGGCCGGAGCCAGGCUGACGGAUGUUUUAUCAAAACAAAGACUGUGGGAUGUGCUGCUGGAUGACUUUUAACAGAAAGCUAUCAAACAGAUUAUCCUCAUCUCCUUAGCCCAAAGGAGAAAAUGUUUUUUAUUAUUGAUUUUCUUAAGUCAUGCUCUCUGCUUAUUAAACCCUGAUUUGUGAGGGAAAAAAAAGAGAAUUACAUCUGGACAAACCUCUGAGUCAUUGUCGUGUUUGUGUUACCGCUCACAGGCCAGGACGUGGAGUUCGCCCUGCAGAGUGGACGUGAAUUCAACCCUGACUGUAUGCCUCCUGAGACCGAGGAAGACGAUGACGGCUUCAUCGAGGACAACUACAUCCCAGCCAGCGAGAGGGCGAGAGCCGAGAGGGCGGCGGAGAACUUGGAGGACACAGACGACACAGAGGAAGAGAUGGAUGAAAUUGAAUUUUCAAUCGCUUAGCAGGACUGCUUGAAAAACCACCAUCAGUUCCACUCCUGGCUUCUCUGUCUUGGCCUCAUGGAUCACAAAAAAGGAACAUGUUUGACACUGGUUAAGUUUUAAAAAUCAUACAGGAUGUGCAACCCUGAUUCCAGGAGAGUUGGGACGUUUUUGAAUACUUUUUUUGGUGGUUUACAAAUCAUUUAGGCCUUGUACGUGAUUGGAAAUAUUGCAAACAACAGGUUAGCGACAUGACGGAGAGGAUGAGUCACUCAGCAGCAAAAUCAGCUUUGAUUUUCAUCCUGAAGCAGCAUUUUGUUUUUUUACAGGAUGAAAGUGAUUCAAUCUGAUAAAUUGUAAAUACAAAAAAUUGGUAACCAUCCUUGUAUUUGUCAGCAGUUUUUGGUUGAGCUGUGUUGUAAUAAUUGGCUGAUUUGACUUAACACAAGCUGUAAAGUUUAUGAUAUAUGAAUAUUUGAAAACAGGUGGAUCGAUUAUUGUACAAACAAAAAUCUGAUUUUAAUUCAUACCCUUUUAACCUUCCUCCUGUGUUAGCUUUUACCACUCACCCUCCAUGUUAAGGCUCGGUUUUGACUCAUGUCUUAAAUCAGCUGUAAAUUACACUAAAAACAAUUCUCUAUCAUCCAAUUUGGUUCUCAUUUCUAGGUUACCUUGUUAGGCUUCAUUAUCCAUGAAAAUAUUGCAUAUAUUUUAUUUUUUGUAGUGGGCCUCUGGACCUUUCUUUGUCAGUAUACCCCUCAUACAGACAUCUUGACUGAAUUGAUCUCACAUGUCUGGACAUGCCCGAUGUUGUUUUUUGGUGCAGGGAAAAACAUGACAAAAUGAGAAUUUCCUAAAUCUCAGAUGAUUGGAGGAGGAUCCGACUGUCAGUGUGGUGCCUGACAGUUCACUUUUAAUUUCAGUUUUUGCUCUAAUUAUUAGGUAUUGAUCCAACUGCGACCUUAACAUGACAACUGCCAUAUUUCUAACAAAAGCAUUUUAUAAUUUAGUCAAUUUAAUUUUUUAUUUUGUUGACAUAGGGGUUCCUGACAAAGUCUUGAUGCAAAAAAAGCUAAUUUAAGUGGUUCUUUUAUGGGUCGGUGCAAACCCCUAACACAGCUGAGGAGGGUUAAAUACAUUCCAGCAACAGUGUGAAUGUAUUUUAUGACCACGAGUGUUUUAAAAGGACAGAUAAUUAGGAUUUCGACAGACUAUCCUCAGAAAUAGUCUGACUAUAUCAAACAUGUAGGCUGGCUCAUUCAUGGUCAAAGUAUUAGUUCACUGAACAACUUUUACUGGACUACAAUUCCCAGUAACUCUGUACUGGGGCUGAGACUGGAUUUAGCUAUUCAGCUCUAAAACAGAAUCAAAGUUUUCAGUUGUGCCCCUUAAGCAAAGUCUUUUUAUAAAAUCCAAACAGUAGUUGUAACUUUUGGGGACUGCAGGAGGCUCUUCACUCCUGGGUCACACACUGGAAUCAUCCACUCACACUCACGCACACACCUUUCGCUUUAAGCUUUCCAGCUCUGGUCUCAGCAGCGGUGAUUAACCCUGACAGUGUGCCUCGUAUUAGAGCCUUAGGCGGUUCAGACCCUCGGAGACCGUCCGGCUGAUGAGAGCGGUCUGACAGGUCUGUGUGAAGCUGUCAGUGGAGGCUCCUCAACCCGGAAACACAGCGAGUCAAGUUAGCUGGAGCGAGCUAGAGACAAACCGGAAACUGCCAACGAUAAUUCCGCCUUCAAAAUAAAACAGUGGCGCAUUCAAAAUUAAUUAGCGAAGGUGUUAGAUAGAAAGAUACUUUAUUAAUCCAAGAGAGAAAUUCAUAUCAUUAAACCUACUAAUUAUAAUGGUAUAUUUUAUUUAUAAUGCACUUUUAGGGGCUCAAGGACGCUUUACAAAAACAAACACAUUUUAAAAUACACAAAAUCUUGAGUAAAAAAAUAAUUAUUAAAUAUGUAUUAUUAAAAUUUAUUAUAACUAUAACAAAUAUGUCAAUUUAUUAUAUACAUUAAUUAUAAAUUAACUAUCAUGAAGUUCAUGCCAUGUUAAGAUGUUUUAACUAGUCAGAAUUUGACGCGUUUUAAUACAUAAUCUCUGCUUGAGUCCCUUUUAAUGUAAAGUUAGGUUUUUAUCGAUGGAUGUAAAGGAAUGAAAAUUACAUUCAGUGGCCCAAAUCUAAAACCCAGAAU